AUGAACUUGCCGGCUCUUCUCUUCUCCAUCGGUUGGUGGACUUUGGGGCUGGUGAGUAACUCUGGGUUUCUUUGCUUUCCUGUGUCCCCCCACCCCACCCCUCACCUGGGUGCUGAUAUCAUAAAGCGGGGUUAGUCUCUGAGCAUGUGCAAAGUACCUUUCCCGCCGUUCAUAGCUGAGCAGCCACAGGACGCGCGGGCUCCCACGGCGCCCCUUUAUUUAAAAAGGACACAGUGAAUAAUUUCUCUUUUCUCUCCCUACCCUGCGUUCAUAUGAUCCCCUCCCUGGGUGACUGCUCUUUUUAGGCUAUAGGUGGCCCUCUGUUCUCAAAUCGAUCCACUUGGAUAUUUAACAUCGCCAGUAACAACAGAGGAGCAUAGAGCAAAUUCCAUAAAAUUGUGGGACGAAAGUGUGAGCUCGUUCCCAGUGCUGACUUAGCAUGGGAGUCCCCACUGCAGGUGUGACUGGGUGGAAAUGGGUCAGAAAUGCUCAGCCGCACAUGUGAAAUAUUCCUAGACUUAGGAUAUAACAGCAUUGCUGCUUCACUCAUUUAGGCAACAAAGUGUGUGGGACUCACUCACCCUCUCUAACCUCCCUGUUUGAUAGGCUGGUAACUAAUUUGUUGUAACGGAUCUUAAGCCCAGUCGUAAAAGCAGGUGAAUUUGCUUGGUGAACUCUUGAGCAUUGUGGAUUGUGAGAGGGCAAUGAAUUGUAGCAAUAAAUGCUUCACUGCAGAUAUGACAGGCAAAGCAUGACUGAAAAGCAGAUUCACUUUUGGAUGGAGAGAGGAACCUAGUAAGAGCUCAAUAUUUCAGCAUUAUAGAAAGAGAAGCCAGACAUCUUCCACCCACAACUGUGGCAGGACUAUAAAGGAUGAAGUACAGUAUCACCCAUAAUUCCUCUGAGGUGUUCCCUGCCUCUGUAAACUUCUGGAUCUCACCGUAAUUCAUUGAGAAAGAUCAGGACAAAGCAGACAGCAUGAAUUAGUCCUGUCACUGCUGUAAACAGAAGUAUCCCUGAUGGCGAUGCCUCCAGUGCUAUUCACGCAGUCAAAAUAGCCGCCAGGCUAAAUAUUACCCUCAAGAUAAUUUUAUGCAGAUUGGUUUCCCCCUGCAACAAAUGUCAAGCCUUUUCUCGUCAAAAUCAAAAUUAUUAAGGAAUGCCAAAUAUGUGAAGUCCCCGCCCCCAUUUUUUUCAAUACAGUGGUACCUCGGGUUAAGUACUUAAUUCGUUCCAGAGGUCCGUACUUAACCUGAAACUGUUCUUAACCUGAAGCACCAUUUUAGCUAAUGGGGCCUCCUGCUGCUGCUGCUGCGCCGCCGCUGCACGAUUUCGGUUCUCAUUCUGAAGCAAAGUUCUUAACCCGAGGUACUAUUUCUGGGUUAGCGGAGUCUGUAACCUGAAGCGUAUGUAACCUGAAGUGUAUGUAACCCGAGGUACCACUGUAGACAUUUAUAGCUGGAGUGGAAAUUCUAGCCUGUACUAUUAGUAAUUUUGAACAUGAAACUUGUGCCUAAUAGUGAUAAUUCUGGAUCAAGUGCUCCAAAGUUCAAAAAAUAAAAAUAAAAAAAGGCAGUCUUGAUUUUGCCAUGCCGUCUGGGAACCAUAUCUAUGCCACCUUGCGUUUUGUGACAGAAGAAAAGCAUGGGUAUAAGUGUAAGAACAUACACAAUAAAUACUUGUGUUUUGACACUGCACAUCAGGAAGCAGCUGCAGGUGGGUAUCUUAAUAUUAGUGCAAGGAAUGUGAGACUCACCUUGCAAAGUUUCUGGCACAUACAGUCCAGUUCACGCAUCUCGUAUACCAACACCCAGUAUUGGACUUCAAACAUUGUUGCACCUAAAUCAAAAAGACAAAACAAUGUCUACUGGUUUUGAUUAAUUUUUUUUUAAUGAUGGACAGAAAUGGAGGAAGAAAAAAAAUAUUCCCCCUUUGAACCUCCUGCUUUGUGGUACUUCAUGGCAAAGCCACUUCAUUAAUGCAUGGUCUUUCUAAUCUUAGAAAUGCUUUUGCACAUCCCUUUCAAAUUACUAGUCGGGAGGAAAAGCCUUGGGGGCUGCUGCAGACAUUAUAGUUUGCAUGCAGAAAUCAGUCUUAUUACUUGGAAGUGUGUUGCAAGUGUGUGUUUUUUCCUCUUGAGCUUGUUGACCAGACAUUGGCUAGUAAGGACAAAAAGAAUAGUCAUACAAUUUUCUCUCCAUUCUAUUCGGAGUCCCUUCUUUCCCCUACAUCAUCACCUCCUUCUUCCAAAGAGCUCAAGGUGGUUUAUCCUUGUGUUUAUCCUCACAACAACCCUAUGAGGGAAGCAUAGAAUUGCAGAGUUGGAAUAUGUGUGAAUGCUGCUGAGAAGGACAGAAAGUGGUUUUUUAAUCAACAGUUUAGUUUUUUAUUGCAUGCACUCACCACUUUAAUAGAAACAGCCCUUUAAACUUCACCCAUGGAAAACGUAAAAGGCAGGCUGCCCCAAAGCAUUUAGUACUCCUUAGAGGUUCUGAGAUAUUUUCUUUGCAGACCUCAAAGAAAAGUUAUUCUACACCCUCCUAGCCAUGACUGCUGUGCUUUUCUGAUAAGGGAUUUUACUUCCCCACCCCAACGUUUUGGCAUGCAUGCCUAUGCUUGUGUUUAUCAAUAGGAUUCAUGUAUUCACAAAUCCACACACUUUUCUUUUCACUGUUCAGUAAAAUGAACAGUGUGUCAAUAGAAAGCUUCGGAUUAAUAGGAUUUAUUGAGUUUAUCAAUAGGAUUCAAAGGUAAAGGGAAUUUUUUAAGGGUAUUUUUUAAAAAAUAAUAAUACAGGAAUAUCUAAUAUGCCCAAAGGAAGCUAAUGUUUAAAAAUGCAUGGCUUCUUGUUUUAAGCUUUAUAUCUUCCUGUUUGCUCUUUUGGCUUCUUCUUGCCUCCUAGACUUCUGCUUUGCUCUUAACUUUCUUUUCAAAUCCUUCCGAUAUCUCCCUCACACUUUCUCUCCCAUGUGAUCAUUUGCACUCUGGAAAACAUAGGGCAAACCCUGGAUGAGGAGCUGUUUUGUAAACAGAAGCAUGUGUUUGCAAUCACAGGCAUCAUGCAGAAGAAGGGCAGCUCAGUGGCAGGACAUCAGCUUUGCGUCCAGAUUCAGCUCCCCAACAUGUCUAGGUAGAACUGGGAAUGACUUCUGUCUCAAACCAGGGUGCCACUCAACAUGGGCAGUACUGAGCAAGAUGGACCAGAGCAAGACAGCAGCCUCCUGGGUACUUGCCAGAAAUAAAGCAGUUUGCUGAGUGCUCCUGCAGAAGCAAACCCAUGUAUAUAAUGUGUGAAGUGACCCAAAGCCCUUGUCUGGGUAAAGGUAAAGGACCCCUGACAGUUAAGUCCAGUAGCGAACGACUCUGGGGUUGCGGCGCUCAUCUCGCUUUAUUGGCCGAGGGAGCCGGUGUACAGCUUCCGGGUCAUGCGGCUAGCAUGACUAAGCCACUUCUGGCGUAACAAGAGCAGCGCACGGAAACGCCGUUUACCUUCCCGCCGGAGCGAUACCUAUUUAUCUACUUGCACUUUGAUGUACUUUUGAACUGCUAGGUUGGCAGGAGCUGGGACAGAGCAACGGGAGCUCACCCCGUCGUGGGGAUUCGAACCGCCAACCUUCCGAUCGGCAAGCCCUAGGCUCAGUGGUUUAGACCACAGCACCACCCAUGUCCCUAAGUUAUAUUAUGUAGCUUGGCUUUUUAACUCCUCUAUUUUCACGUGUUCGCUUUCCCUUCUGUUUUAUAAUGAACAUGUGGAGCUGCUUUCUAGUGAGGUCAUUGGUUUGUUUAGCCUAGCAUUCCUUAUUCUGACUGGAUCUUGGAAUGCCAUAUGGGUGAAUCAUCCCUGUGAGUCCUCAUCCCUCUAUCAGUCCUCUGCAAAGGUUUAUGCCACACAACACCUGUGUGUGUGUGUGUGUGUGUGUGUGUGUGUGUGUGUGUGUUCUUAUAAGAAAAAAAAUGCAGGCAAUGUUGUUACUAUGGCACAGCAGUUUUUCCACAUUCCUGAUUCCUGACUGUUUUAUUGCAACAUACUAUAGGAUCAAGUCUUCCAGGACUUGGAAGUAGUUAAGUGUGAUUUAUCCAACUGCUGUUUUGCCAGGCUAAUCUCUAUAUUGUUCCAAUUUUAGUAUAUGUGCUGCCGAACUGAGCACUAUCGAACUGCUGUUUAAUUCGCACAUCAGGUGGAAUUGCAUAAAAGGAUCUUGCAGCAGCAGGGAACCACCUGUUAUUAACCAAGCUUGGUAAAUGAUGCCAGUUAAAAAUGUUGGAUUGUUUCCAAAUUGCUUAUUUUCCCUAUCCCUGAAAGGUGUUUUUUCUUUUUUUACAAUAGUGAACUAUUAAUGGCCGCAGUUCAUCCUAUGCGAUGGCUUGUAGAAUGCCAAUUUGUAUUCCCUACUUUCCAAAAUCAUCCUUUUUUCAUAAAUGUGCAUAAGGAAAUAACUCCAGACUCCAAGCACGCAACACUGUGAAUUCAUUAGAUCACUUGGUGCCUAAAGGCCUUUCAUAAAGUGUGUAUGAUUCAAACUGGCUUAUUUGUUGGAAAAUGAACGCUUUUGCAGAAUGCAGCACGCCUGGAAUGGGGGGGGGGCAUUGCACAUCUUCUGCAAUUUCCGCAGCUGAUGUAUAUCUUUCAAACAGGCACCCUGAGCUUCACUGCUAAAUCACUGUUUAGAGAACAUUUAAAUCAUGUGAUUUAAAGAUUUUAAAAAAGAAUAUUUUUAGACAUUUGUUUAAUCGACAAAUGAUAAACACUGAGAAUUAAAGUUCACUAGUGGUACACAAAGCUGCAUCUAUGUUUUGUUUUGUGAUUCUCAUAAGUAAUCUUAAUAAGAACCUGCAGGAUCAGGCCAAUAAUCUACCUACUCCAGCAUCCUGUUCUCACAGUGGCCAACCAGACGCCUGUGGGAAAACUUGCAAGCAGGAUGUGAGCAAGUCGUAUUCAGAAGUGUUACUGCCUCUGACUAUGAAUUUGUCUAAUCCUCUUUUAAAGCCAUCUGCAUUGCUGGCCAUCGCUGCUUUCCAUGGGAACGAGUUCCAUAGUUCAUCUGCUGCAUGAGAAAGAAAUGUCUUUUAUCUGCCCUGAAUCUUCCAAUCUUCAUUGGAUGCACACAAUUUCUAGCCCCAUGCAAGAUGGAGAAAAACUAUUCUCUGGACACUUUCAGCCCUAAAAGGAACUGGGCCACACAUUAGAACAUUGUGGUCCAAGAAAGAUACUUGGAAAAGGAAACUAACAUUAGAAACCACUAUUUUUUCAUGGUUGCCAUACUUUUUUCCCGGCACUGCACCUGUGCAUAAAUAUAACAAGGCUUAUAUAUUUAAUGUUAUGGCUGAAGCCCAAAUUGUGGUUAAUCUCAGUCUACACUGUUUAGAAGCUGGCUUGUUUCAAUACAUUAUAGUUAAGACUAACCACUGUUUGUUGGGUUCAGAUAAUGAUGAUGAUGAUGAAUUUCAUUUCUAUACCACUUUCUAUUUCCAAGAAAAAAUCUCAAACAUGUCCACAGUCCCUGUGGCAAUGUUGAUGGAAGGGCAGGGAGGAAGAGUAUGUGAGCUCAGGUAGAGGCUAGAAUUGUUCUUGUCACAAUAAACCAUGGUUUGGUUGCGUAUUGUGGUACUUUAACGCAGGGGUCAGCAAGCUAAGGCCCAUGGGCUGGAAGAGGCCGGUGGAGGUCAUUUGACCGGCCCCCGAGCUGCCCCCGAACUGAGUUGCCCGUUCUCGUGCUGCGCUAAACCGGCGCAUGGGGACUCACUUCCGUGGCGCCAAAAAUUGCGUCUGCGCAGACACAGAUCCUAAAAAUCGCAGGCGCACGCGCAAUUCAGCCCACAGAGGGAACUCCGUGGGACUGAUCCGGCCCAGGCAAGAUACACCUUGCUGACCCCUGCCUUAACGCAACCAAUGAACCAUUCCAGUUCAGAAGAAUAAUUAAUACAAAGAGUAACAGAAAUGCUUGCACAUUACAGUGGGUUUUGCCACUGCACAGCAUUUAAGAAAUAAGAUGUACGAGGAAAGGGGAGAAGAAUAAAAAGUCGUCACGUUAUAAUUUGUGAUACUGUACUUUGUUCUUAUCACGCUAGAUGGGUUCUCUUCCACCCUGCUCCAUAGUUAGCCAGGUUCUCUUUUGAUGACAAAAAUGUACAUUUCCUUCAUUUAUAAUAAUGUUCCAAGUUGCUCUGAAAAGCUGUGAGUCACUUCAAUCAAUAUUUUCAAAUAUCCCUGUGGUGACUAGUGAUUGCCAACUGUAGUGGCAUUGUUCACUGGGGAAUGUUCAAGGCAGCAAUCAAGGAUGUUUCUUUGUACAGAAGAGUGCGGUUUUCAAAGUUCCCAUUGACAUUGCUUGGGAGUCACCAGGCUGCCAACAUUUAAAGCCCAGUUUGGGGAACCUUAGGUGCUGACAACGUAGUAAACGCAGCAGUUAAGAGACAGAAUGGUGAACCAGAAAGUCAGUGGUUUGAAUUUUGUUUCUGUCAUUGUGUCUUUAGCCACAAUGCCUUGACCUCAACCCCCUGGGAGAUACCCUGUGGCCACUACUGGCACCUGGUUGUGGAGGCCAGAGCUCAAACAAUGGCAUUAAUGAGCCUCAGUGGAAACUGUUAAACCAGAGAUGGUCCUCUGCUGAGUCAAUGCUUGCAGCUGGAUCUUCCUUGUAUUCCCAAGUAAGGUUGUUCCUCCCAAAUAGAUAUUUCCUUCCAAGUAGACCUCUGGUGACAGAGCCUUCUGGAAGCCAACUAGGCUAUGCACUGGGUCUACCUUUGCUCCUGAGGCCUAGAGGGUGAUGCAGACUUGGGUGAUGAAUUGAGGAUUUGGGAUAAGGUUGGAGGAGUUAUUGAGGGGCCUAGGCGAGGCAUCCCUGUAAUGGGAUUAUUCAGGCUACCUUGGACAGCAGCUGGUUCUUCCAUAUCUUUGUUUGGAGCUGUGCCCCGUGCCUAGAGUGAUUUCCCUAGGAUCUGGGCUGGAGAAGUUAAUGACUCCCUGUGUCAAGGAGUGUGUUGCUUUACUAACUUUUUCAACCUGCAACAUUAGACAGUUACCCAUUAAAAUGAAAAACCACAGCCUUCAUAGCUGGUUAUCACUACCUUCUUAGCACGUCAAGGAUUCCUCAGUUUCGGCUAUAGAACUAAAAUACAUGUUUUGACACCAGUGGUUGUUUUCAGGCCAAAUGGCAUUGGGUUGUGCCCAGUGCUAGCCUUACUCAGAGUAGUCCCAUUGGAAUAAAUGAACAUCUUGAUGUAAACUGCUCUUUCGGUAGAUUUCAUAUAUUUUGGCAUGCAUCGUGAUUUGCAUGUAAAUUGUUAUUUCUUUGCUACACGUACCUUCUGAGGAGUAAUGAUACAUUCUAAUGACACUUGGAAGCAAAGGGUCUGUUGGUUAGGGAGAUUGAGUUUUGUUUCAGUCCGUCAGUUUAUUUGUUACAGUGGUUCUCUGCACGUUUGUUUGCUGAGUGAGGGUAAUAGUGUAAUGCAAUUGUAUCGGCAUACUUUAUUCAGCCUAUAACUUCCAGUGCUAAUGUAUUUACUUAUUCUUGAAAAACCUAAUAAAAAUGAUUAGCUGUGCUUAGUGUUAUGAAUAUAUUUCAGUCGUGUCCUUUGUUCAAUUUAACAGGUAAAUGGGAUUCACCCGGAAUGCAGAUUGCAGCUGGAGCUUCAUAAAGAGGAAAUAAAGUGCAUGGAACUUUUAAAAAAUGCCAAAACCGUGGGUUUUAAAGGUAAGAAGACAACUUAGAGAGUGAAAAGAAAAGAGUGAUUCAAUCGUGUAGUCUUGCAAAUAAGUCCACAAAAGCUACUGGCCUGCAAAUGAAAGGAGCCUGUUAAGAUUCUUGUAGCCUCCAUUUCCAUGUUGGCUGAAAAUGAACGGAAGGUCCCUUCUCAUGGCCAGCAUUGACAUGGGACAGGGUUAUCCACCACCCCCUCUGCCAGCCUGCUGUAUUUCCAUGAUUACUUACUGUAAUUAGUAAAUUACUUUUAUUUUAUUCCAUUACACGUAAAAUAAAUGUACAAAAACAAAUGUAAAAAUACAAAAAUAUCAGAAGUGACACAUCCAUUCUCUUAAAUUUGUCAACAAAACCAGAAGAUGUGAGGGGACAUCUGUUGGUAGAAACAUUUAGAUGUCCCUAUUUCCUGCAUACGGUGCCACAGUGUCCUGGAAGUUAGUUGUGCCGAUAUAAAUGAUAGAAUCUGACUACACAGUAUAAAAAAUGUUAUGGGUCUUCUAAGCCUUUGGAAACCUUUAUAUUUUCUGCCCUUGCCAGGUUCCAUUCACUUUCAUACCACAGAGAUAUCUGAAGGUCUUCCACUUUUGUGCUGUGGAUAUCCUAGCUGCUACCAGAAGCCACAACACUAAUUCUUUAGCUUGCAGUUUUUGAAUAUGACCAUCUCAUAUAUUUAGAAGUGAGCGCUGUGGGAUCAUUUGUCUGGUAGUCUUUGAGACAGUAUAUACCCAUUAGACCAGAGCUCUUUCAGCGGUGGACACUCCCACCAUAAAUGAAAAGACAUUCCUAAUGCCCCAAUGAUGACAUUCUGCCCCUCCAAGGGCAGGAGCAAUGGGGAGCAGCAAAUAGCACAAUAGUAGGUCCCUUAUGGGAAUAUCGGAAGCUGCCUUGUACCAAAUCAGACCAUUGGGCCAUCUAGCUAGAGUUGUCCCUACCAGUAGGGCGCUUUAGGCAGGCGCUUUAGGUGGCAGAUAGCUGAGGGGCAGGCAGCAGUAAGGUGUUGGAGAACAACUGUGUGCUGAGCAAUUUGUUCUGUGCAUCUGAGGUAGCCUUGGUGGAAGAUGUUGUCCCAUCAUCAGUGCUGAAAUCAGAUUAAAAGUUGGUUUUGGUCCAUGGAAGAAGGUGGGUGAUGCCGUCUUCAUCAAACUGAGCUCGCCCUGCAUAUAGUUCAGUACUGUCUACACUAUAGUUUUUCAACCUUGAGUCUACCAGAUGCUGUUGUACUACAACCCCAUCAUCCCUGACCUGUCUGAGGAUCAUGGGAGCUGUAGUCCAGUAACUGUGGCUGAAGAGCUUAGUUGUAGGGCUAUGUUUAGACUCUGCAGGAUUUCCUUGCACUACGUGAAGAUGUUUGGAUUUUUUAAAACAAUAAAAUGUCUUAUGGGGCAAUGGUUACAUUUUUAAGAUGAGGAGAAAGUGCUUGGAAGGAGGUAGCUGAUUCCAUUCCUUUCCUGUCUCUGCUUUUAAAACAAUUUUUCACUAUGGCUUUAAGUGCAGUGGAACAGAAGAUUAUCAAAAAGCAAAUACAGAAGUGAAACAUUUCCCACAAGCCAGUGCCUCAACCAAGGCCAUCUGCUCACAGUAUAAAUAAAUGAUCUUUCAUUCUUCUCAGUAGGGAGACAAUAAAUACAGCAAAGGGUUUGAAACAGAAAAGUAAACACAUAUCUGCCUGUAAAAGAAAAUGGAUCAGUAGCAAUGAAUUGAAUUAGACUGGGUGCUGUGAGUCAGAAUUUUAAAAGAGUCUGUUAUAUGAUUUUUUUUUAAUUGGCAAGGAUAUCUUUAUUUGACAAGGAUUAUAAGGUUGCCAGCCAAUUGGAAGGGUGGGUUGAGAGCCAAUACAAGCCUGCAGGUUCCUUGCAAUCAAAGAGAAAAUGAGAAAGCCUAAUUGCUGUGCUGGUUUAUUUUAUUUAUUUUCAGUUUAAUUGUUGUAUUUAUAUUCAGUAGCCCUGUAAGAUAGGUUAGGCCAAGAAGUAUAGCAACUGGCACAAGGUAACUCAGUAAGCUUCUUGACUGAGUAAGGAUUUGAAUUUGGGUCUCCCUAGUCCUAGGUCUAGUGAUGUAUGGAAGUGAGAGCUGGACCAUAAAGAAGGCUGAUUCCUGAAGAAUUGAUGCGUUUGAAUUAUGGUGCUGGAGGAGACUCUUGAGAGUCCCAUGGAUUGCAAGAAGAUCAAACCUCUCCAUUCUGAAGGAAAUCAGCCCUGAGUGCUCACUGGAAGGACAGAUCAUGAAGCUGAGGCUCCAAUACUUUGGCCACCUCAUGAGAAGAGAAGACUCCCUGGAAAAGACCCUGAUGUUGGGAAAGAUGGAGGGCACAAGGAGAAGGGUACGACAGAGGACGAGAUGGUUGGACAGUGUUCUCGAAGCUACCAGCAUGAGUUUGGCCAAACUGCGGGAGGCAGUGGAAGACAGGAGUGCCUGGCGUGCUCUGGUCCAUGGGGUCACGAAGAGUCAGACACGACUAAACAACUAAACGACUAAACAACAACAGUCCUAGGUCAUAUUCAUACCAUAUGUUUAAAUGCUAUGAUACUACUUUUAACGGUCAUGGCUCCCCCCCCCCCAAUCCUGGGAGCUGAAAUUGACAAUUCCCAGAGUUCCCUGGGAACGGGGAUUGACUGUCCGAACCAGCACUUGCCAUGCAAACCAGGAUCUCAAGCCAGGAUUUGAUCCUAGGUUUGUUUGGGCUAGCAGAGUAUGGAUGAAAUGAUAAACCAUGGUUUGUUUCAAAGCAGGAUCAGUGUGCAGUGGGAUAAGUAUGCGAACUGAAACUCCUCACUGCUUAUUCACGUAAUGCCAAACCAUGGCUUGGUGUUCUGUUUAAAUGGAACGUCUAAACGUCUAACUCAUUCAAUCAUGGCAUUUGCUGGCUUGAAAGCGUAUCUGACUGCAGGAAAGCUAAAUAAUUGCUUCAGUGAGCAAAGGACAUGGAAGUGCUAGGAAACUAGGGGGGGUUGUGACCUCCUGCCCAUAACGUGUCCUAUUUAUAGAGCACACAAUAACUGCUUUAGUUGAGGCCGUGGGGAACUUUGUUUUAAACGGAGAUGCAAUCGUGUUGCUUUUAUGGUUUGCUACGGGUCCAAAAACUGUGUGGAUUGCCUCGUAUAGAUUUCAGGAUUAGAGCAUGCUUAGCAGUCACAAAGCCCACAGCAAGCAAACAACUCCAGAGAUGAAGUUGAAGGAUUUAUCUAAGCACUAACUUCUCUACCUUCCACCCACAAGAGAACUGUUAAAGGCAAAACACUGCUGGAACUCCCUGGAACUUCUAAGUACUUUAGAAGAUACCUGAUGGAUCUGAUCAAAGACCCAUCUAGUCCAUCUUUGGCCAAUCACAUGCCUAUGGGAAGCUCACAAGCAGAGCAUGAAUUCAAUAGCUCUCUCCUGCUUAUCACCUCCCUCAACUGAUAUUCAGAGGCCUACCCCUUCUCAGACUUGAGGUAAUAUCCAGGCAUCGUUCCAAGUAGCCAUCAAUACCUUCUCCUCCAUGAAAUCUGUCUUAAUCCCUGUUCAGAGCUGUAUGAAUUGGCGGCCAUCACUACACCUUGUGGGAACAGAUUCCACACUUUAACUAUAUGCUGCGCAAAAAAAGAUAGCCUUGUCGUUUGCCCCUGGCUCUUCCGAAGAAAAGUGGAACACAAAUUCUCCUCUCUGCCAACCCUCACCGACAGCUUUAAUUGCUGUGUAGCAUAACCCUAUCCCUGUUGACUCAGAAGUAAGUCCCCAGAAGUAGGUUAUACUCUCAGGUUAAGUGUGUAUGGGAUGGGAGUUUAAGAGGGUAAUCCUAUAGAGGGGGUGGGGAGGGGAAUCCAUAACAGAGUUCCUGUUACUUACUACCCCUGUGGCCAGAGCAGAAAAAUAUGUUUUCCCCUUUUGUUUCUUUAAUUUGACUUAAAAAAAUAAAUAAUUAACAGCAAUUAGCCCUUGCUUUGGGCAUCUUAAAGAAAUUAGGGUGUUUUGGACCCAGGGCCACUCUGCAAGUGCCCUGAUUUAGACACUACAACCAGUAAAGCGGGACGCAGGUGGCGCUGUGGGUUAAACCACAGAGCCUAGGACUUGCCAAUCUGAAGGUCGGCGGUUCGAAUCCCCGCGACGGGGUGAGCUCCCGUUGCUCGGUCCCUGCUCCUGCCAACCUAGGAGUUCGAAAGCACGUCAAAGUGCAAGUAGAUAAAUAGGUACCGCUCUGGCAGGAAGGUAAACAGCGUUUCCGUGUGCUGCUCUGGUUCGCCAGAAGUGGCUUAGUCAUGCUGGCCACAUGACCUGGAAGCUGUAUGCUGGCUCCCUCGGCCAGUAAAGUGAGAUGAGUGCCGCAACCCCAGAGUCUGUCAUGACUGGUUACCUUUACCUUUACCAGCAAAACACCCACAGCAGGUAGAGUUUUCCAUUCCGGUGAAAUUUUCUGCCAGCAUUCUGGUGUUCUCCAGAGUACAGGUGCGUUCCUGCAAUUGCAUCACCUCUUUCCUAGUGCAGCAGCAGUUAUAGCAGGGAUGGGAAACCUAUUAGACUACAUCUGUCGUUGUCCCUAAGCACCGGCCAUGUUGACUGGGGCUGAUGGGAGUUGGAGUCCAACAACAGCUGGUUCCCCAUCCUUGAUUCCUAAAGUCCGUCAGCCAGGCUUCCAGCUAACGACUUCCCUGCUGGUUGUUUUAAAAGCCAUUUGGAGAGUUUGGUAUGAACAGUGCUUUUUUCUGGGGAGAUGCAGAGGGACGCAUACCCCUAAACAUUUUGUGAAUCUUUGUAGUUUUCUCCAUUUACUGUAUUUAUUUUUCUUGAAUCAAAAUGAGAGUACCCCUAAACAUUUAUUUAUAGAAAAAAAAGUACUGGGUAUGAAUGUUGCUUAAAGGGAAGCUGCCCAUUAAUAUACAUGUUAUAUCUUGAUGGAGCCAAUAUAACCCCCACAUUAGGCAGAGCUUUCAGGCAAGUUUGUGCCUCCCCAGAGCUACCCCUAUUUUUUUUCUCUAAAGUGAUUCAAGAAGCAGCACAACUCAGCUGUCUAAAUAUAGUAAUUUCCAGAAGGCUGCUUGGGACACUCUGGCUUGGGUUGCCAGCGGGGUCUUCGCUAUAGACCAUUUAGGAGCAUAGCUGUCAACUUUUCCCUUUUCUUGCAUGGAAUCCUAUUCGGAAUAAGGGAAAUUCCCUUUAAAAAAGGGAAAUGUUGACAGCUAUGUUUAGGAGAUGUUCUGAGCUGGUUUUGCUACUGAUAAACGGUCUGGAAGUGACAUGUGACUCACAUUGGUAAAUUUGUUAACAUGUCAACAGAAACUCUCAACAAAACCCUCUGCCUGUUCAAUCAUCAGUAAAGGCUAAUUCUCAGAUUGUUGUGCAUAGAAUGGCAGUCCCAGUAUAUAAGAAAACCUAAAGUGUGGGGUUUUUUAAAUAUAGACAUUAUAAGGAUGUCAAAAAGUAAGUUUCUAUAUUUAGUGUUGUCAACAUUCGAGCUGAGUACAAUAUUUUUGUCCUGUAUGUGUUUCUAAUAGCAAAAACAUAUUUUUCCAUGGUAAUAAAUCACUUUGGGAUAUUUCUUUUUCUCUUUCCAGUUUCUUCCAUAAUAAUAACAAGGCUAAUUGCCAAAAGACACACAAACCAAGCCUGAAACGAUUGUCCACAUUCUUUUGAUAGCCCUAAGCUGCAUAUUAAUGAUUCCUGUUGCCCUCGUGAUGUUUUAUAGUUGCAUCUUUUUAUUACCAGGUUCACUGGAACUAAUUUUGGGUUACGUUUUUCUUUUCACAUGCAGCAGUAAUAUGAAGUAUCUAUAAAACUCUUAGAAUUAUAAGCUGGAAAAUGUGGAGAGAGUUUACCGUGUGUGCGCCUGUGUGCAAAAAAUCUUAGUCAAUGCUUACUUUAAAAAUUCAUUUCCUUGGUUCUUACCAGCAGGUUUGCAGCAGAUUGAUGAGAGGUAACAGCCAUUUUAAAAUACAGUAGUACCAAGGUUUACAACUAUAAUCCAUUCCGGAGGUCCGUUUGUAAACCAAAACAGGUUGUAACUCAAAACGCGCUUUCGCCAAUGCGGCCUCCAGAAAUUUUUUGUUCAUAAUCCAAAAAAAAUGGGUUGUAAUCCCAAAAAAGGUUGCAAACCGGGACACUGCACUUCCGGGUUUGACAUGUUUGUAAUCCAAAACGUAUGCAAACCAAGAGGUAUGCAAACCAUGGUGCCACUAUACAGGAGCAACUUGGGUUACGUUACCCUCGGGUAAUGUAAACUUCAGGUUGCAAAAGCAGCAAACUCAGAAGUGUUUCACUUCGUGAGCAUGCACAGAUGCGGUCUACCACCCCGCGCACAUGUGUAUAACAGUGAUCCUUAGGUUGCGAAAACCUUGGGAUCUGGCCAGACCUCUGGAAUAGAUCCCAUUCGCAACCAGAGGCAGCACUGUGUAAAAGUUGAGAUGCAUUGAAAAGUCCAUUCAAGUAUAGGCAACUCCCCAUUUAAUGGGGAGGGGUACAUUCUCAGGCACCGCACAUUUAAGUAGAAUCGUGUAUAUUGGGGACACAAUUGAGAAAGCCUGCAAACACCCUCUACACCUCUGGAAACCCUUAAAAAAACCAAAAAUCCACCACAAUCACUCCCUCCAAACCUCCUUGCUCAAACUCAAACUCUCCACAGGCCUCAAAGACUCCUGGGGUUGCACUUGCAAAGGCUUGUGGGAUCUCUAGGCACCAUUUUUGUACCAUUUUUAUGCUCUUUUAGGGCUGUUUUUGCCUCUUUUCAUUCCACUUCUGGGUUCGUGGCAAUGCAUGCAUGCACAUUUGCCUAGAUAGUACAGGUUGUGGAGGUCACAAUGCAAAGAGCGAUGGUGGUAGAGGAGAAAGGAUGCCAACGCCUAACUCUUGUGAUUACGGACUCACACCUUGGAGCCUUCCAUUAGCCUAUGAUGACAAGCUCACUCUCUAGCUCCAGCAGGGGAACGUUCAUCAGUAGUCUGUGUGUACACAAAGAAAAGCUACCUUCCUAUCAACAUCUUUCAGAUAUUUUCCACAAGUGAGGGAAAGAUGGACCUUUGCCCUUCAUCUCUGGAACAGACCCAAAAACAUCGCACUGGAGCAAAAGAAGUAAUUUAUUCGGCUGUCCUUUGCCACUGGUAUGAAUUCCACAUCCAGUCGAGCCAGAAAGUUACUCAUUUUUCAGUACGUGCAUAAUUACCAGCGCUGCCAGACUUUUUUAAAAUAUAAAUUUAAAAAAUAAUAAUUGAUUGUCUUUUCGGGAUUCUUGUGUGUCAGGUUUCUAAUGUUGCCUUUGGCCUAAAAUCAACUGGGGGCGGGAAGAAAGCCUGGUCUGGAGUCCUGUACGUGGACUGAAUCCUCUUUGAGGGGCCAGAAUAGGUGCCGUAAAUCAAACAAACAGGGGUUCUGCCCACAUAGCUUUGCUAGCGACACCUAAAAUGUGAAGUUACCCCAGAUGGUAAUGGACUGAUUGUCCCUGGUUAGGAUCAGAAAUGGACAAAAAAAACCCCUUGAACUAUAUCCCCCACAAACUUGGAAAAUAGCUCAGUUUCUUCCACUCCAAUUGGAUCUAGUUAGCAGGUUGGGGAAGCUUAUUUGACCUCCGAUCGUCUUUGUCACUGUGGCUUAGCAAGAGAGAGAGGAGUGCGGCAUCAGUGAGGCGGUGGAGUCAACAAGGUGCAAACGCUCCAAUAGGAGCGCUGGAUUGGCUGCACUGCUGCUGACCUCACCACCGCCUCACACAGAGAUAGGGGACCCUUGUCGGUGGCGCAGGGAGCACCAUGGAGCACAGAACCUAACCGUGUCACGCUGCCUGUUGAAACGGUUAUGAACCGAAAUUACGACAGGAGUCCUGUGGAUUAUGGCUGCUGUUUGUGUACUCCAAGCCUGUACAUGGUUGAAGACCAGAACACAUGAAAUUACAAACACACCACACCACCCUCCUCCACAAAGACCUAUGGUAGAGCUCACAAUAUACCUGCGCAUCCCCAUUCCACUGUUAAGGUGGCAAGCAAGCUUGCUUGCCCCUACGAUUGAGGGGGCCGGCACCGCACAAUGUGCUCACAUCACAUGUUCACGCCACAUGAUGUGUCGGCGUGAGAUGGGCACGCCACAUGGGUUGCACACAUGACGUGCGCAAGCACAAAUGACGUGCGCAUGUCACCGUGAGAUAUUGAGGGGCAAAAGGGGCAAUUACUUUGUACAAUCCUGGAAGUCUGUUUCAAGCAUUUUCUUUCAGGCUGGACAUCAGUGGGUGGGCCGGAGUCAUGUCAAAUAGGUUUAUUGACAGUUUGGCUUCGCUCGUAUUGGAUGCAGGUUACAAAGAUAACAAGAUCAGUAUGGGAUAGUUCUGUGGGGGUGAGAUACGCAGCACGAGCCUAUGCAUGUUUAUGCAUGUUGGAAGUAACCCCAUAGGAACAUUUCUAUACGCCCUUUCCCUAAUAAAAUUAAUAAUAAUAAUAAUAAUAAUAAUAAUAAUAAUAAUAAUAAUAACAAUAAUAAUUUAUUUGUACCCCGCCCAUCUGGCUGGGUUUCCCCAGCCACUCUGGGCGGCUUCCAACAAAGAUUAAAAAUACAUUAAAAUAUCACACAUUAAAAACUUCCCUGAAAAGGGCUGCCUUCAGAUGUCUUCUAAAUGUCAGGUAGUUGUUUAUCUCUUUGACAUCUGAUGGGAGGGCGUUCCACAGGGCGGGCACCACUACCAAGAAGGCCCUCUGCCUGGUUCCCUGUGGCUUUGCUUCUCACAGUGAGGGAACCAACAGAAGGCCCUUGGCGCUGGACCUCAGCGUCUGGGCAGAACGGUGGGGGUGGAGACGCUCCUUCAGGUAUAAGCCUCCAAUAAGUUUUGCAUAGUCAAAAGUGGCUUACAGACAUGUUUAAAUAAAGUUGUUUACAGUCUGAGCAGGAGCAUACAGAUUGGGGGGAAGGACCAUAGUUGGCUGGUAGAGCAUCUACUUUUCGUUAUGAGAACCAGAUAAUGUUCACUGCAAUGCCAACAUUAAAAAGUGAUCUUAAAACCGGAAGUCAAAUGAAAAGUGCAGCCAUAAAGAGGGAAGAUCUUGCUGGCAAGUGAUCUAGAGAAGUAGAGAUUUACCCUUACCUUGGGAAGAUAUUUUUUGACCCAUCACCAGCUCCUGUCACAGGGCAAGAAACUUGGAGAUGUUUCCAAACAGGUUAUGCAAGAUUACAUAUGCUCAAAGGAUGUCAUUGCAUCAGUGUGAGGGACCCCUUUAAAAAACAAACAUAUAGAUAAUAGAUUACCACUUCGGAAAAUUUGAUUGAAAAGCAGCUAUGGGCAACACUCUCUCUCUCUCUCUCUCUCUCACUCUCUCUCUCUCUCGUCUCUCUCUCUCUCUCUCUCUCACUCACACACACACACACACACACACACACACAAUAUAGCAUUUUAAAGUAUUCAAUAAAUCCUGUGAUUGGGGAGCAGUUUCACAAAAGAACCUAAUUAAGGUGAUUGCAGAUCAUUAACUUGUAUUUAACUCAGGUAGUUAUAAUUAAUAGAUUGAAACCCAAAAAUAAUUAACAUAAAGUCAGACUGGUUUCCAAUCCAUAACUGUUAUUUCAUUAUAAUUGCUGUUCUUUAAGAUGCAAUCCGCACCAUCAAAUAAAGACUUGCGAUACUUGAUUCUUCUAUUGUAGGCCUUACAUUUUUUAAAUAUAUAAUUAAAUGUAUAAUGUAUAUGAAAUAGUAUAAUUUCACAUGUCCCAAAGUCCUUAUGCAUUUAAAUAAACACAAUAGCAAAUCUAGUUUUAUGGGUUUGUGUUUUUAAAAAAAUCUUUAUUAGUGAUACCCACCGUCCUCUAGUACUUGGGCAUUGUCCUGCAUGGCCCCUAGAAAUGUGGGGUUGCUGUUUUUUAAUAUGACAACAUUGUCAAGAAAAUGGUUCCUCUGCAUAGAUCUCUGGGUAAAAUGCUAGCCUUUUGGAAGAAAACUAUCCCAGUAAUUGACAUGAUCUCGUUGAAUUGAGGCCUCUGUGCUAUCUAGACUGAGGAACUUGCUUCAGCUGUGUGGGAAAAGCCACCCACACCCAAACACUAGAAUGUUCUAGGCUUUAAGUCUCCUGAUUGGUUCACCCCUCUUGCGUUUUGCUGUUUGCUUUUAUUUCCCUUUGUCUUUCUUACCUGUUGCUUUGUGACACCUAGGAAACCAUAUCUUCUGUGCUCUGGACUAUAGCUUUUGGGUCAAUGCUUUAUGGUAUAUGCACAGGCAGUGGCGUAGCGUGGGGGGUGCAGGGGGGGCCGGCCGCACCGGGCACAACAUCUGGGGGGGGCGCACUCGCACUCGCAGUGCUAAAAUUCACGGGUUAGGGGGCACAAAUUACUUGCCUUGCCCCGGGUGCUGACAACCCACGCUACGCCACUGUGCACAGGGUUAGGAAACGUUAGCUUUUCUGUUUCAGUUUGAUUUAUAAUUUAGGAGGCCACACCUUCACCUUCCUGCUCCCACUCACCUUGCAGAUCCAGUAACACUUCUCCAUUUUGUCAAGUUGUUCCUCCUUUGAUCCCAUCCGUCGUUUCUCCAGGCCAUCCAGCAACAGAGAAAACAGAUUUAUCUUGCCUGGCUGAGACCAUUCAAGAGCCUCUUAGUAAUUUAGUAUCUUGUCGGAUAGUACAGUGUCUACAGACUCCACUUUAUGUUUUUAGGAAAUGAACAUCCACGUAGCCAAGAACAUUUUUUCAGCAGUUCUGUGAAGUGUAGGGUUGGAUUCUUGGAAACGCAGUGCACACACAAAAAUCAGAGACAACACACUUCAGCAAGGUAAAAUGUCUUUGGACCAUGCACAAGGAAGAGCAAAGUGCAGAUAGAUCAUCCUUAAACAAAUGUCACCCUCAUUUCAUCCACCGGGGACGUUCAGAUUAGAGCAUGGGUAGGCAAACUAAGGCCCGGGGGCCGGAUCCAGCCCAAUUGCCUUCUAAAUCUGGCCUGCGGACGGUCUAGGAAUCAGCAUGUUUUUACAUGAUUAGAACGUGUCCUUUUAUUUAAAAUGCAUCUCUGGGUGAUUUGUGGGGCCUGCCUGGUGUUUUUACAUGAGUAGAAUGUGUGCUUUUAUUUAAAGUGCAUCUCUGGGUUAUUUGUGGGGCAUAGGAAUUUGUUCAUUUUCUCUCUCAAAAUAUAGUCCACCCCCCCCCACAAGGUCUGAGGGACAGUGGACCCGGCCCUCUGCUGAAAAAGUUUGCUGACCCCUGGAUUAGAGGAAGGUUCUUCUGCUAGAGUGGACUCUCUGUAAGCACCAUACACUUUCCCCAGUUUUACCAGGCUACCAGUCCUGAAUCCUUGCUUGUGAAUUACGUAGGAUGGCAGUGCACUUGUGGCUUUGAAUGUAGGCUUGUUCCACCUGCAUCAAGUGGAGGAGUGUGAUCUGUAGUGACAGAGUGGUACCUGGUGUUGAUAACAUUCCUGCAGCCAUCACAUGUUGGAGGCUGGGUGUUUGCAGCUGGGAGCCCGCUCUGCUCUUCAUGCAGGGAGCUUACUCGAGGGCAGCAGACUCCCCAAUAUAGACAUUCAGCCCCCAGUGCCUAGAGAGGUACAGGAACAGGGGUCAAAAUGUUUGGGAAGGCACAGGGCCAAUGGGCUCACCCCCAUGGUGGCAAUUGUGGUGGGCUGGGACAGUUGAGUAGGGUUCCUGGGUUGUAUCCUGUGCUAGCCAUACUCAGAGUCCUGCCACUGAAAUUAAUGCUUUUGACUAACAAGUGCAUUAAUUUCAAUGGGUCUUCUCUAAGUAGAACAGAGCUGGAUACUUAAAACCCAUGAAUUAUUUGUGGGAUUGAGUGUAGGUAUGUUUGAACACUUUUAAGGAUUGUAUGAAAUGUAUGUUUGUAUGCUUGCAUAUUUGUAAUAUAUGUGUAUUAAAAAUUCUUUUUAAUAAAUAGGGGGGAAAAACCCAUCUUUUUAUUCAGUACUUCACUGUCUUUCAUCUACCAUGAAAUUGAUGAGGGAGAGAGCCAUAUCAGUUUCAUGGGUGCCAUUUUUCUUCAGCUUUCCCCUCCUGUGAAAGUGAUAAGGGAAAGGGGAACAGCCCUAUGACUAGAAUUCUCCUUUACAUAAUAAAGUUUGUAAAUGUGGUAGAUAACCGGGGAUCUCUUUGACGUGCAUGAUUUAUUCCUAUGACAGAAUUAACUUUUCUCAUCACAAUAUUUUGGGGGCUCUUUCACUUGGAAUUCUAAACGUUUCUGAUUAUGCCCAAGUCGUUAGAUCCUAAUGCAUUUUGAUGGCAAAGUAAAAAUAAUUCAGUCUUGUUAGUAUUGCUGCCUUUUAGUAACCCAGUGCUUAUUUAUUGUGGCACUUGGCAUUAAAUAAUAAUUUGUCCAAAGCAAAAUCAAUCAUUGGAAUAAUAUGCCAGAAGCAAACUAAAGCAGUUUUUUUUAGAAGUGAUGGAGAAUAAGUGGUGCUUUGGUUUGCCUUAUAUGCUUAAUAUAUGUAAGAGUGUUGUCACGCUACAGUUUGCUUGGCCACAGGCAGGUGGCGCUGUGAUGUGAAGCAGUCUUCUUUUGUCUUCCCGACAAUUGCUGGUGUGGUUCAGUGUUCUUUUAAUCCCCAUUGCCUCUGUUAAAAUAAUCAAACUAGCAGGUGAAAGUACACACAAGGUACACACAUUCAAGGCUAGAGGAAAGUCUGUUCCAUAGCAGUGAAGGGCCAAGAAAUGAUUGUGAGGAAGCCAAGUUGUGUCAGAAUCUAGGAGAGGGUCAGUUGCAUAGCUGUCAACCGUCCCUUAUUUGGCGGGAAACUCCCUUAUCCCAGUGCUGUGUCCUGUUGCUGUCCUGGAUUGAUGAUGUUCCUUAAAUUUCCCGGGUUUCAAUGCUGCCUGGGAGAAAAGGGCUACCACCCCCACCUCCCAGCCACCCCCACUCGCAGGGAUAAGACCCAUCCCCACAAGGGUCUGCUUACAUCGCGGCAGGGCCUCAGUGAGCAUCAGUCUGUCUCGGGAGAUAAAGGAGGAGCGCGCCUUUGGGGGAGAAUGUCAGUUUGUUGGAGAGUCCAAGCGCCUGCCACCCAACACACCGAAGGGCCCGUAACUCCUGGGGCGCACCAGGAGCUGCAAAGAUAAUGUGCACUCGGGGGUGGGGGCGAUCCGCCUUCAGGGCGCAACUAUGGUGCGAUCUGGGAGCUUCCUUCCCCGAACGAAAAGCUGCCAGCUAGCCCCCCCUCCCUGGACUCCAGCGAGACUUUGGGAGCUCUAAGCAGGCGGAGGUAACCGCGUCCGGCCCAUCCUGUCGGGUGGCAGGGCUCACCCCCUUCUUUAAAGGGCCAGUGAGGAGAGAACUAUCGCUGCUUCAGCCGCCCGAGGCAUCCCUUACGACUUUAGCAUGCACAGCUAGAUGUGCAGGGUCUUGCUCGGCACAGGAUCUAGGGCAGGCAUGCACUGGCGGGUGGGGGGAGCGCCCAGCCCCCGGCAGUGAGAUCCUGGCAGGGUGCAAUCACGCCCCCCCCCGCGCGCUGGGCUCCCCACCCCCAGGACGUGCGCCAGCCCACCCCCUGUGCCGCAGCACGAAGCUCCGCCACUGCAGGCAUGUGCAACAGGUCUCUUGGGAGUUGGACAUGCCUGAUCUAGGGGGAGGGGGAUCCUUUUAGAUUACCUGCUGCACUGUUUUUCUCUGGGGCAUUGUCACCUCUCGCCGGGACCUGGCAAUGAUCCUGAAGCCAACCUGCCCGAGCCGAUGGAAUGGCAGUCGAAUCCUCGAGCACCCUUUUUUUCUUUUGAUGACCAUUCCCCUCACCUAUUUCCAUUGUCGUUUCACAGUACUGUACACGUCCGACAUGGGGGAAAGGAAAGGAGCUGGUUGAGUAAAAUCCCUUAUUUUGGCUGCUGAUCCCUUAUUUUCGAGGCUGCUGGUCCCUUAUUUUCGAGGCUGCUGGUCCCUUAUUUUCAAAUCUGUAAGUUGACAGCUAUGGUCAGUUGAGUAGAGCAGGGGCAGAGAAGGUGGAGAAAACAAAGCAGGUGUGACCAGGUAGCUGGACAAAUAGCCAAAGGAAUCUUGAUCUGGAAGCAGCUGAAAUUUCCAGGACCAUGGUUGACCUGACCAGGAAUUAGGAAUGGGGCAGAAAUUUGAUUUUGUUUGCAUUUUAAUGAGAAGCAAGGCAAUCCACACUUUUUGAACCAAAAACACAAUUAGGCCAUCCUUUGAAAUUUGCAGUUCUCCGAAUUCUGAAGUGCAGGUCUCCAGUUAAACAAUGCAUGCAAAAAUGCAUAGAUUAGGAGGAAGUAUGCAUUAAAAAGUGAAGUUCUCAACAAACAUAUGAUUACUUAGGGAGACAUGAAUCAGCUCUAUUUCUGCAUGAUUCAUUGGUAACAUUUUCCCCUUAGAAAGUCUAUUUUAAUAAGGUUCCAAAAGAUUUGUUACCAAGAUUUAUGAAUAUGUUGAAAUUGUUCAUUAAGCCUUGCUGCUUUUAUAGUAUAAUUUUUUAAAUCAGGAAACAUAUGAGGGCAAUUGCAUUAAUUACAUCAUAAUAACAUUGCUCGCACGGUAAUCUUUGUAAACAAACACAUUCUGCGAGGGAAAGAGGUUGUUAACACAGUCUCUGCUUAAUUAGGGUACACAGGAGUGGAUCAAAUUCUGCUUGAGUUGCUGAUACAGAAAAUCCUAUGGGAGAUAAGUCAACCAAUAUUUGUUUCUUAUUGAGUCUGCAAAUCUGUGUUGGAUUGCCAGCAUCCAUUUUAGGUACCCAAGAGGCCAGGGGUAUUAUUUUUCCCUUCAAAAUGUAAAAUAAUUGAUAGGCAGUCGGAGGCAGAACUGUGUGUAUUUUGUGAGGGGAAGGAUGGCACCCUCCUGUUCCACAUACAGAAACUAACGGUGUUGGCAGCUGACUCUUAGCUCACCCCUGGCAGGGUGGCAAUAUCCUCCACAGCAGGCUGGCUUAGGGAGGUGUAGGGCACGCCAUGUGGUACACUCAGACACUUGAGACGUUGUCACCAUUUCCCACUCCACAACAUCCACCACCUCAAUGGGAGGCCUGCCCUGUCCAGACAUGACUUCUUCCUAUUACCUGCAGAGAUCCAUCAGUGUUACCUCAUCCUUUGCAAAGUACAGGAAGACAGUUCCUGAUGGCAAAGAGCUAACGAUAUAAAACCUGCUACAUUUUCAAAGUACUUGUUGCAGAUGUUUCUUUGAAUAUUUCAUAAUAACCAAAAACACAGGUGCUUCCUGAGAAGUACAGUGGUAGCUCGGGUUAAGUACUUAAUUCGUUCCAGAGGUCUGUUCUUAACCUGAAACUGUUCUUAACCUGAAGCACCACUUUAGCUAAUGGGGCCUCCCGCUGCUGCUGCGCCGCCAUGGCACGAUUUCUGUUCUCAUCCUGAAGCAAAGUGCUUAAUCCUAGGUACUAUUUCUGGGUUAGUGGAGUCUGUAACCUGAAGCGUAUGUAACCUGAGGUACCACUGUAUAUAACCCGAGAUACUAUUUCUGGGUUAGCGGAGUCUGUAACCUGAAGCGUAUGUAACCUGAAGUGUAUGUAACCCGAGGUACCACUGUAAUUGUGGAAGAGGGAAGAACACAGUGGAAGGAGGGAUUCACUCAAGGAGCUCCAUAUGAGAUGCUUUCUGCUUGUUUUUUCCAGGGUGUGUUGGAAUCUGGGAUAACAUUACCUGCUGGCACCCUGCAGAAAUUGGGGAAACCGUGACAGUACCGUGUCCAAAAGUCUUCAGCAAUUUUUUCAGCAAAUCAGGUAAUAUAUCUUUUAUAUAAUGGAAACCAUAUUUAGGUGUGUGUGUUUUUUUAAGGGUUCUCAUGUGCGGGUAACAACAGCCAGAAAUUAAGAAAUCAUUUUUGCUACGAAGAGUUCAUUUUUAAUUUGGUGAUGGGCAACAUACAUACUGAAAGGACUGUUGUUGUCAUUGUCGUUGUUGUUUUAAUACCUGUAUCUCAAGAUGUGUACACUUACAAAGGCUUACUGCAUGUCUAUAAUCUUGAAAACAUGCAAGUGAUUAUAUUCAGGUUUACAUCAAGGCCAUAGAGCUGAGCAAUUUCUAUGAAUGUAUGUCAUGGAUAUCAGGUCUGCAGGGUCUGUGACCCACCAAACCAAAACGCAGUCCACCAGCUGUAUAUGGUGUCCCAUGGGACUCUGGGUUUUGCAGCCUGUCCAGAACGGUAAACACAGGGCAGAAGGGUGGAGCUUGAUUAUGCACCUGGUAGGCCUCGCAACUGAUGACUUGUGGGGCCAGCCCUAUCAUUAGACAGAGUGACACAGCCGCCUCAGGCUGCAGUUGCUGAGAGAUGGAAAGUGGGAAUAACUGUGUGGUCUGCACUGCAUCCCCUAUGCUGCCCUGCAGUGAGAUUCGGCUGCCAGUCUAAUUGGCUCUUGUACAUGGAAUGGGAAAAGGCACCAUCUUGUCUUAGGCCACAGGCAGGAAAAUAUCUUCAGGCUGACCCUGAUGACUGGUGGAUGUCGACUGUUAUAGGGGCCUGCCUUUAUGUGGGUUAUGGGCCACAUUGGACCAUAUCUGACCUUGGAUCUAUCUCAUAAACCUGGCAAGAAGCAAGAGAAUGCCUUAGGAGAACCUUAGGAGCCCCAUCUCCAGCAUCAUUGGACCCCUACACAUGGGGCAUAGCAUUUGAACAGGACCCAAGGAACAGAAGUGUGUGAAACCCAACAUAUGCUGACCUAUUUUGCACAAUAUUUUAGAUAAGAUCUGAAAUAUUGUGCAGGGCCUUUUUUAGAAGCGUACAUUCAGCAUCAGCAGAGGAUGGACCACGUUUGUGUCCUUAGUUUAAUGGUAUAGCAUGUGGUUUGCAUGUAGAAGGUCCCAUGUUCAGUCCCCAGCAUCUCUAGAUAGGAUUGGUUGUGUUCCCCAUCUGAAAUCCUGGACAGCCUCUGCUAGUCAGUGUAGACCAUGGGUAGGCAAACUAAGCCCCGGGGGCCAGAUCCGGCCCAAUCGCCUUCGAAAUCCGGCCCACGGACGGUCUGGGAAUCAGCGUGUUUUUACAUGAGUAGAAUGUGCCCUUUUAUUUAAAAUGCAUCUUUGGGUUAUUUGUGGAGCCUGCCUGGUGUUUUUACAUAAGUAGAAUGUGUGCUUUUAUUUAAAAUGCAUCUCAGGUUAUUUGUGGGGCAUAGGAAUUUGUUCAUUUCCCCCCCAAAAAUAUAGUCCGGCCCCCCACAAGGUUUGAGGGACAGUGGACUGGCCCCCUGCUGAAAAAGUUUGCUGACCCCUGGUGUAGACAAUAUUUUGGUAUGUGGACCAGUAAUCUAACUCCAUUAUAAGGCAGCUUUCUACAUUCUAUGUUUCCGUGUUCCCACCUUGCUUAUGGGAUGGAUUCAAGGGCAGGUAUUCCCAAUCCAACAAGCUGAUCUGAUUAUUUUAGGGUUACGGCUCCAGUCUUAUUAUGGAUAUAUAGAUUUAUUUAAGCAUCGCCUACUUGGCAGGUGCAUGUUUAUGAAUUAGCGUUCAGAAGAGUUUCCUGCGAUGUUUUGGGACAAUAGGAAAGCCCUCCAGUUUGUUGUUCCUUCUAGAACUUUCUCUCAUCUCUGCUCCUCUUCUCAUAAUUGGGACAAGCCUUUUAGAAACACAUUAUAAGCGAAAUUGGGAUUUGCUGUGUGUCAGAAGAAUAUUCAUCUCUCCAGCUAGUUAUUCAUCACUGCAGGAUCUGAAGGCUUUAAUAACCCUGCCAUAGAUCAUUCAAUAUCACCUUAAAUAACAGUGUAGGGUAAUGAAAGGCUUUUUAUGAAGAUAAUUUUAUUCAAAUUACGUCCCCAUCUAACACAUUUAUAGCCGCAAAUUAGUCUUCUCAAAAGCUGGACGCUAAUAGAACCUCUGCCAAGUGAUUUUUAAAUGUCACACGGAGCCUCCUGAUCUGUUGCUGACGAAGAACACACCCAUACCUGGUGGAAGUAUUUGGUCAUUUUUCUAGUCGUGACAAUACCAUGGAUGGAUAUAGGGUUUUAUUUUGGGGUGGUGAGAGACAACUUAGGUUAUCUGAAGUAAGCGCCAAAUAUAGACACAUGGGUUCUCUUGACUUCAGCGUCAAGACACUCAGGGCAAUCCUGAUCCCUGGCUGGAAGCAGAAGGGCAGACUCAGCACUGAAUCUAAAGUCCUGUCACCUCCAUUGGCUUGGGAAGUGGGAAAUGACCAGUUUAGGGAAGAAGAAGAAGAAGAAGAAGAAGAAGAAGAAGAAGAAGAAGAAGAAGAAGAAGAAGAAGAGUAGUAGUAGUAGUAGUAGUAGUUUGGAUUUGAUAUCCCGCCUUUCACUCUCCUUCAGGAGUCUCAAAGCGGCUAACAUUCUCCUUUCCCUUCCUCCCCCACAACAAACACUCUGUGAGGUGAGUGGGGCUGAGAGACUUCAAAGAAGUGUGACUGGCCCAAGGUCACCCAGCAGCUGCAUGUGGAGGAGCGGAGACGUGAACCCGGUUCCCCAGAUUAUGAGACUACCGCUCUUAACCACUACACCACACUGGCACACUGGGAGCUUGCUGCUGGUUACCACUGGUGGUAGCUUCUUACCUGCCAGGGUGAAACUAGGCCUCCAUUGUGACUGGGCAACCACCACCACCACCACCACCACACCAACACUCCUCUCUGCUGGUGGAGGCUAGUGAUGGUAUACAUUACUAUAGGUUAUAGUAAAUUGGCAGCAGGAGCCUCAAGUCACCUGUGAGGGACAACCUUUUUAGUGAAUUAGAAUUCCAUUCCUGAUUGCUACACUUUCGCCCCUUUUGUUUAGGAAAUAUCAGCAAAAAUUGUACAAGUAAUGGUUGGACAGAUAUAUUUCCAGAUUUCUUCUUUGCUUGUGGAUACAAAGAAGUUGACGAAGACAGCGCGGUAAGUCAAACAAUUCUAUGACUCGGAAUCGAAUGUACUGGAGAACUAUUGAAAUUUUAAGCUGCCAAUUUGUGUUAAUUAAAGGGAAAAAAAUCAAACUAAAUGUUAGAGAUGGAACACCAUCCAGCUCAGUUUUAGAAAGUGCAACAUAAAACACUGCUCCUGGAAGACUGCAUAGGUCCAUCUUAAUUGUAGUGGCCCAAACCAAUUGGCCUUUAUGGGUCAAAACCAGCACCUAGAGUUGAUUUUAGAAGGCAGUAUGGACCCAGCGGAGAUGCUGGAACAUUGGUUGAAUGUUCUAGAAAUUCUAAUUCUGCAUAUGUACUGAAUCAAAUAUGCCUUGUCAUCAAAUAAAUCUUGUGUUUUCCAUAUUUGUUGACGUUUUCCUCCUGUGACACUGCUGACUAACUGCGCAAAGAUUUUAAAACAAAAUGAUAAACUCUACCAGCCAGACCUUAUACAAUCAUGUUUCCUACAGUAUUCACUCAAUCAAUUUUUUGGACCAUUUUCAGGACCAUACUAGGCCUCGUUUGAGAAAUCAUCCAUAUUUUUUUUUUAAAAAGAUAUUGCACCAUGGUGCUGUGGAGGUAGAAUUAAAUCUUGCACUCUUUCCCCCAUCAAAAUCACCCCCCAUAGCUGCUAUUUGUCCCUACAGAGCAAAACAUGCAGGCACCUGUGAGGCCUGUUUGUUUUGCCCUGUGGAGCAAAUAGCAGCUUUAGGGGGCAUUAACUGGGUUAAUGGGAGAGGGAGUUAGCUAGUCUCACCCCACCCCGUGCCACAUUGCCUCAUGCAUCCCUAGUGGUAGAACCUAGAGGAGGGGAAAGGUGUAGAAACGGACUCUGAAUUGCGGGUUGUUUUGGAACCUUGUGUAACGUUAACAUAUGAGAGUGCUGGAGGUGAAUUAGUUAAACAAGUUACCCAAUCAGAACCCAGGGGGGUGGAGUCAGAGGGACUAUAAAACCAGCUCUGGGAGAGGGGUGAAAGGGGAGUUCGUUGGGAGCUGAGUGGUUGGAGUGGAGUGGGAUAGAGUCUGUGGGUAGGUUGAGUUAGUGUAGUGAAAUAAGUUGAGUCAGGAACAGUUAGGGGCUAGGAAGACAAGUAAAUAUCUGAGGGGUGGUUUAGUAAGUGAGAGCAGGUAACGGAAGUUAUAGGUCUGGAUAGGCACCCUGUGAUUGUAAUUGACCGAUACCGUUUAUGAAACCACACGCUUGUUAAACUGCAAUAAAUAAACAGAAGUUUAUGUUCCAAUUGAAACCUGACUGGACUCAGUAUUGUACCAGGUACGGCCUGGGUUGUGGCAGCGAGAAAUAAAGUGGUGGCACAGGGGUGAAUAGACAGUGAAACGUCCGGGGACCCUGUGUGAUCGCCACACCUUGAGGGCCUGUGUCCCUGUGCAAGGGAUUUACUUGAAGACAAGGCCUGUGGUGUAAAUGUUACACAGAAGUCACCUUUACGGUGGGAUGACUGGGAAACAUUUCUGUGAUGCUGGCCCUGCUCUAGCAAUUUGUGGCCAUGCUGGCGAUCGCUACCACCCCCACCCCCCAAAAAUUAUUGCAACGGAAAUUACAAGUCGUUCAUGUUGACAUAUUUUCACUAUGCUGUAGUUAUUUUCUAAAGAAAUGUGGGUGAAAACCUUCAGGCCUAUUUCUGAGGAAACAUACUGAUCACUGAGGUGGUUGUUGUUGUUGUUGUUGUUGUUGUUGUUGUUGUUACUAUUAGGAUUGAUUCCCAUGAGGCACCCCAAAGCAAUUUAUAGUUGUUCUCCUUGGCCUUGGGAUGUGGGUGGUUUUGGUCACAGGAUAAACCAGUUCAGCAGGUUAGAUGGAAGUGAGCUCUUCAGAACCACAAACCCCUCUCACCACCCCUCACAUAGCUGAAACCGUGUGCCUAACGCAGCAUCCUCCAUGGUCUUGCUGUUUCCCUCUACAGUGAAAUUGCACAUGCUCUGGCCUCUGAAAACUCUGCUAUGAUGGGUGGAUUCCAGCUCCAGGCAAUAGAUUAGAAAUAGGGAUUCAGAAGUGACCCAUGCCUUUUAAUGUCUAGAUUUGCACUGCAGAUUAGACAGAAGGAGACUGUAGGAUUUGAAACUGUGCCACAUCAAACUGCAGGCAGAAUAUUGAAUUAUUUUUUUAAUGCCCACCCCACAGAAAACUGACUUGCAUGGAGAACGCUUGCUCACCAGGGGGAAACAUUUAGCCUAACUUUCCCACUGAAAUUCUAGUUUCCCUGCCCCCCCGCCCAUGCAUAACUUUAAAGGGGAGGGCAUUUCUGUCCCUGCCACUUCAGAAUCUGAUCUUAUUUUGUGAGGGGUGUAGAAUGGUUCCAAGAAAGCUUUCGAAGCCCCAUCUAGAAAGUUAUGAUAGAUGAAGAUGUCAUAUUAUGUGUGUGCCCCUGUUACUCUUUGCUUAAUAUAUCUCUGCAAAGGCAUGUUUCCUCCUGUGGGUUUUGACAACUAUUAUUAGCUUACUUCUGGUCUUUCUCAUUUUAUUCUGUCAGAGCCAUGCAUGUAGACACAGGGAACAUUUGAACACUGUGUAUAUGUGGACAGCAGCUGCCUAUAGACCUACUGAAGCUUCCCCCCACUUUUGUUCCUUUUUAAUUACAAACAGGAAAAGCCUUCUUAAAUAUAUCUGCACCUAUAUGGAUAUACAUAUUGCAGUAAUUAGGGGAUCUGAGGAGGCUAAGCAAUUUAAUUUUUCCAAGGAAGCAGAAUGCAAACAUUCAGAGAUUUCCAGUAAGGGGGAGGGGGAUGUGAUAUAUAUUUCCUUGAGUGACGCAUGUCACACUGUACUGCAUGUGUUAAUAAAAGCUGUGGCCUUACCAAGCAACCACCAUCCCAGAGACCAUAGGAAACAUGGAAUUUCCUCCUCCAAGGGCAGAAAGAGAUUGCUUCUAUCUCAGAGAGGGAGCUCCAGUACCAGAUUUUCCCUCCAUGCUACUGCGGUAACUUUCACAGUCCUUCUCUCUCUGAUGUUCAGCAUAACCUUUAACUCCUCUGUCUCCUGUGCCUCCCAUAUUCCGUUCAGCACCCAGCCAUAUUUGAUAGCAUUGCAACAAAAUCACCUUUUUUAGACUACUGCCAUCUUUUUUAGACUACUUUUUAGACUACUGCCUUUUUUAGACUACUGCCAUCGUCUCCUCCCUGGUUUGCCAUUCUCUCACCGGGGUCCCUUCAUAUCCAUCCCAUACCCUGCUGCCAAAACUAUUCACGCUUUGAUCACACGACACCUUACUUAAACCCUUGCUCUGGCUUCCUGUUUUCUUCUGGGUUCAGCAUAAGCUCCUCAUCCUGACUUUCAAAGCCUUCCAUGGACUUUUGCCCUCUUCUUCUCCUACCCCCAUUCAUAUCAGUAACCAUCCCAGUCCGUGACUUUCACUCCUCCAGCUCCACCACCCUCUGCUUUCUGAAGGUCUCCUGCUCCCUUAGAUCCAAUCCAAAUUCCACCCCCAAGCUCCUACAAAGGGGGGUGAUUUGCAGGCUUAAGAGCUUUGUGUUCUCUCUUCUGCAACUAACAAAAGCUCCGAAGAAGGGACUUACUGUAAGCUGGAAAAUCAGUGCAGCAACAACUGGUUUUUUUAAAAUUCCUCCUUACCCCCUUGUUGUUGUCGUCGUUUAGUCGUGUCCGACUCUUCAUGACCCCAUGGACCAGAGCAUGCCAGGCACUCCUGUCUUCCACUGCCUCCCGCAGUUUGGUCAAACUCAUGCUGGUAGCUUCGAGAACACUGUCCAACCAUCUUGUCCUCUGUCGCCCCCUUCUCCUUGUGCCCUCCAUCUUUCCCAACAUCAGGGUCUUUUCCAGGGAGUCUUCUCUUCUCAUGAGGUGGCCAAAGUAUUGGAGCCUCAGCUUCAGGAUCUGUCCUUCCAGUGAGCACUCAGGGCUGAUUUCCUCCAGAAUGGAUAGGUUUGAUCUUCUUGCAAGUCCAUGGGACUCUCAAGAGUCUCCUCCAGCACCAUAAUUCAAACGCAUCAAUUCUUCGGCGCUCAGCCUUCUUUACCUGGAUUCAAUUCAAAUAACACUCCCCCACCAUGAACCUUUUUGUGUGUUGUGUUUUUUUUUUUUGGAGGGGUGGCCUGCCCCAUCAUGGCUCAAAACUUGAAGGAAGCUGACAGCAGCAGAGACACUUGCUCAUAAGGCAGGUUCAUGGCAGGAAAGGCAGAUGCAAAGAACAGGACCUUGGACAGAGCACCAUGGAAGGGGCCAGCUGGUGCUAGAAAAGCUGGUGCCUCAGGUGAGUGAAGAGGCCUUCUAAAGGGUGGCUGGCUUGCCCUGCUAUUGGCCUUCCCUUCUCUGAGAAGCUGGCUUGGCUCCUCAAGUGCCAUUGUCCAAUCUGCAGCCAUUGGCUCCUUUCACAGAGAUGGGAAACCCGUGACCCUCCAGAUGUUCAUGGAGGAGAGGGUUAUUGAAGGCUACUAGCCAUUAUGGCUAAGCCAAGCCACCACAGCUGAAGGCAGCAAUGCUCCUGAAUAUCAGUCGCUGGAAAACAUAGGAGGGCAGAGUGCUCUUGCAGUCAGGUCCUGCUUGUGAGCUUCCCACAGGUUGGCCAUUGUGAGAAUUUGAUGCCAGAAGGGUCUGGAAACUAAAACUUGUGAGGAACACUUGAAGGAGCUGGGUAUGUUUAGCCUGAGAAAGAGGAGACUGUGAGGAGAUAUGACAGCCACUUUCAAAUAUCUCAAGGGCUGUCUCGUGGAAGAUGGAGCAAGCUUGUUUUCUCCUGCUCUGGAGGAGAGGACUUGAAACAAUGGCUUCAAGUUACAAGAAUUAGAGAUUAUGACUAAACAUCAGGAAGAACUUUCUGAUGGUAAGAGUUGUUCAGCAAUGGAACAGACUCCCUCAGGCGUUCGUGGAACUCUCCUUCCUUGGAGGUUUUUAAGCAGAGGUUGGAUGGCCGUCUGUCAUGGAAGCUUUAGUUGAGAUUCCUGCAUUGUAGGGGGUUGGACUAGAUGACUCUCAGGGCCCUUCCAAUGCUACAAUUCUGAUUCUGUGUCUAGGAGGGCCAUUGGUCUGAUCCAGCUACAGAGCUCUUCCUAGGUUCUUAUGUUGUCCUUAUGAUGUUGGGCUCCAAAACCCAGCCUGCGUAGGCCAUGAUCAGGAAUGUUGGGAGUUGUUGUCCAACAAUAUCUGGAGGAUCCCACCCCAGUGUAGUGUACUCAUCAGAGUGCUGAGCUCAGACUUGGGAGACCAGGAUUCAAAUCCCUAUUGAGCCGUGAACUUUACUGGGUGACCUUGGACCAGUCACCAUCUCUCAGCCUCACCUACCCCACAAGGUUGUUGGGAUACAAGUGUAAAAACAACAACAGCAGUAGACCCAAAGAACCAAAUAUUAGAUGUAUACAUCACCCAAAGACUAGCUCAUUAUAGUGCAGGGCUGCCACCAUUCUGCAUGCUCAUGAACUAGGCUGAGUACAAAGUUGGCAGCUGCUCCACUGCCAGGAGACCCAAAUUGUGGUAGGUCCUGGAGGUGGGUCAACACAGAAAGGCCCCACUGAGGACAGCCUACCAAAGCCCCACCAAAUAUCUGGAACGGUCCUAAGCUCCACAGUGGUACCUUGGUUCCUGAACAGCUUGGCUUCUGCAAACCCAGAAGUGAGUUGUCAGGGAACUGCCAUCGGACGGAAGGGAGGUGAAAGGGCUCACACAGGUUGGGAGAGACACAGCAGCUGAAGAGGGAACCAGCAGGGAGGUGAAAGGGCUCACACAGGUUGGGAGAGACGCAGCAGCUGAAGAGGGAACCAGCAGGGAGGUGAAAGGGCUCACACAGGUUGGGAGAGACGCAGCAGCUGAAGAGGGAACCAGCAGGGGAGAGGAGCUGAGCUGGAGGGAUGGCUCAGAGACACUUCCAGCGAAAACAGUGGGGAGGUUUCAGGACCUCCUGUAAGAACACCCACUCCUCGCCGGAAACUGUCACGCAGAGAUUCCAGAAGACGUGUUUCCGUUAAGGAGCUUUUAUGUUGGAAGCGAUUACGAAAGCAACCACUGUCGGAAUCUGCUAGUGACUAGAGUAGCCAUGUCUGAGGGGCUCCGUCACAGACAGAGGUUUGUGGACUUGAACAAACUCUGAGGGGAUACGAUUUUACGCACAAGCAGCUCAUCAUCCCAUCACAGCAUUCCGACAGACUUUGAAAGCAGCUUGUGCAGGAGAAGGCAUCAUGAGCAACCCAGCCGGAACCGGAGAAGCAGGAGCUGGAGCGGGUCCAAGCCUGGAAGAAAGGUACCAGAUGUUGGAGGUCCAGCUAGCGAUGCAGACGGCGAGGCUUGAGGAGAGGAGGGCUCAGGAUGCAGACAAAAGGGGAAAGCCACCCAGUUCGCCAGAAAGGUACCAGGAUUGGUGCAGAAGUUUGGGGGAGCCCAAAACUAUCAUGGCUUUCGGACAGAAAUGCAAUAUGCCCUCAAUCUGCAGUUUGAUGAAUUCCCUGACGAGGAAUCACGAGUGGCUUUCGUGAUUGAGCAUCUUGAAAAGGGGGCGAGAGACUGGGUUAGACCCCUGAUGGCAGCGAAUAGUGACGUCUUAAAGGACACGAUGAAGUUCUUUCGCGCCAUGGAUCUGAUGUUUUCCAGCGAUAUUGAAAAGGGAGUGGUGCGCAGACAGUUAAUGGGUUGCAAACAGGGGAGCCGAUCUGUCCGUGAGUACUGGACUGAGUUCACCAUGCUUGUUCACAGAUUGGGGUGGGACUUAUCGGCGGAACCCAUUCAAAUGCUCUUUGAAGAAGGGCUUUCUUCGGCUGUGAAAGACGAACUUUCCCGGGCGCCCAGGGCGGAGUCUAUGGACCAGCUGACCAAAUCAGCGCUGGCCAUAGGAGCGCGCCAGGAGGCGAGAGCAUUGGAGAGGCGGGAAGGGAAAGGGGAACGUUGGAAGGAGUUCCGCAUUCCAGACAUUCCAGAGCCAACUUUCCCACCGGCAGAGCCGAUGGAAAUCGGAACAGCGCGCGCGCGCAGUUUCAAAGCCCAGUGAGGGGGCAAAGAAGGAGGGAAAAGGCGCCCGGAAAUGCUAUCUCUGCCAACAGCCAGGUCACUUUGCCAGAGUCUGCCCCCAGAGGAAAGAAUGGCAAGGGAUGGUAGGAGCUGUGGAUGGAAGAGAGGAAAAAUACCGGAGCAAGUAAAAGCCAACGCCUGGCUGCCACUGUCAGGGCACAGCAGCCAGGCCAAAGAGCAGUGAGAGUGCCCACGCCAGAACCUCCUAAACCCGCCCUAGUGAUAGAAGUGACGCUAGAGCUGCCAAACGGACACCCUCUAAAGAUAAGGGCGCUGUUGGACUCAGGCAGCUCCUGCAAUUUCAUGAGCAAAGAGUUUGCAGCUGAACACCAGAUACAGACAAUCCCUUUAAGCAGCCCCCUGCAGGUGACCACGAUCGAUGGCAGGGAGCUGUUGGGUGGAGAAGUCAGCUUGCAGACCGUCCCAAUGAUAAUGAAGGUAGCAAGGCACACCGAACUGAUAGCUUUUAAUGUGGCCACCUUGGGAGGAGCUCCCAUUAUAUUGGGGAUGAGCUGGCUAGCGUUACAUGAUCCGCUGGUGGGCUGGCAUCAGAGAGUGGUUUCUUUUGGUUCAGCACAUUGCUUAGAACACUGCAAAGAGGGAAAGGGUUUGGCAGGGGUCCAAGCCACCCUAGCAGGGACUGAAGUAACAGAGAACGUGAAGGUACCACGACAAUAUGCAGAUCUCCGUGACGUCUUCAGCGAAAGGGAAGCUGACCAACUACCCCCGCAUAGACCCUUUGACUGUCAAAUCAACUUACUCCCUGGAGCACAGCUCCCUGUAGGCAAGCUGUACGCCAUGUCAGACAGAGAGAUGCAGGAGUUAAGAGAGUUCAUUGACAAGAACCUGAAGAGAGGGUUCAUCAGAGAGUCCAGGGCGGUGGGGGCAGCCCAGUGUUUUUGUGGAUAAGAAAAACACGAACAAGCCGAGGCUGGUGUGUGACUUCAGGGCCUUAAAUGCAGUGUCAGAACCAGUAGCCUUCCCUAUGCCCAGGAUUGACAACAUUUUGACAAGGGUGCGGAAGGGAAAGAUUUUCACAAAGCUGGACCUAAGGGGGGCGUACAACCUGGUACGAAUAAGGAAGGGGGAUGAAUGGAAAACCAAUAUGUUCACCCCUUUAGGGGCAUUUGAAUAUUUGGUUAUGCCCUUCGGCCUACAAGCCGGCUCCGCAACAUUUCAAUCGUUUAUGAACCACGUCCUGGGGCCUUUGCUUUACAAGAAUUGUGUGGCCUUUUUAGACGACGUGUUGGUGUAUUCUGAGAAUGAGGAGCAGCAUGUGAGAGACGUCAGAGAAGUGUUGAGCAGGCUGCAAGCCAACCAGCUGUGGGUGAAACUGGAGAAGUGUCAGUUUCAUACCAAGGAGGUGGAAUUCCUGGGGUAUCGCCUGUCAGACAAGGGCUUGGCCAUGGAUCCCGGCAAGGUCCAGGCGGUGCUGGAAUGGAAAACACCCAAAACAAAGAAGGAUGUGCAGAGGUUCCUAGGAUUUGGGAACUUCUAUCGUAAGUUCAUCCGAAACUUUGCCCACCUGACGGCGCCCAUUACGGACUGUCUCAGCAGUAAGAAGAAGUUCGUGUGGACUGAGGAGGCGGAGCGAGCAUUUGAGGAACUAAAAGGGCCUUCGCCUCGGAACAACAACUCCUGCAUGUGGAUUUACAAAAACCGAUGAGAGUGGAAACUGACGCAUCAGACAGAGCGAUUGGGGCGGUGCUUCUGCAGCCAGGCAAGAAGGGGUCAGAGUGGAGACCGUGUGCCUUUUUUCGCGAAAGCUGAACAAAUCCGAGAGGAACUACACGGUGUAUGACCGAGAACUACUAGCCAUUCAUGAGGCGUUCCGGAGAUGGAGGCACCUGCUAAUUGGCGCACAACAUAAGGUGCAAGUGUGCACUGACCACAAGAACCUAGAGUAUUGGAGGACGGCACGAGUGCUCAACCAACGGCAAGUGAGAUGGGCCCAGGAGUUCUCCAAAUUUAACUUUGAGAUUAGUUACGUGCCAGGCCCAGAGAACAUUAGGGCGGACGCUCUCUCACGCAAACCUGAAGAUUUGGAGGGGGAGGGGGCACCCGAAGAGAGACAUGUCAUUCCAGAGGACCGCUGGGUGUGUGGGGCGGCAUUGGUGGGACAAAGAGAACUGGUAGAGGAAACAGAGAAUGAUGAAUACGCCCAGAAUAAGCUCAGAGGUCUUAGGGGUGAUGGAGAGGAACCAGGGGUUUCGAGGAAAGAAAUGGAGCUUUGUAUUACAAAGGGGCACUGUAUAUCCCUGAAGGAGAGUUAAGGGGAGGGUACUCAAGCAGUUGCACGACAGCCCUACGGCGGGGCAUUUUGGACAACACAAAACCAUGUGGUUGGUCACCAGGGAAUUUUGGUGGCCUAAGGUGAGGGAAGAUGUACGUGAGUAUGUAAGAGGGUGCGAGCAAUGCCAGCGAGCCAAAGGGGAAAGGCGGGCGCCGGCGGGGCUAUUAGAACCCUUACCAACCCCAGAACGACCUUGGGAGGCAGUGUCGAUAGAUUUUAUGACUGAUCUGCCGAAGUCCAAAGGGAAAACAGCCAUCAUGGUGGUGGUAGACCUACUAACAAAGAUGUGCCACUUUGUAGCUUGCUCGCAUGCAGUCACGGCGGAAGAGACAGCGAAGUUAUUUGUAGAAAACAUUUUUAGGUUGCACGGGGUGCCAUUGAGGGUGGUCUCAGACCGAGGAAAACAAUUUACUUCCAGGUUCUGGAGGAAGCUCAUGAGCUUACUGCAGGUGGAGGUCAAUUUUUCGACUGCCCGGCACCCUGAAACCAACGGGCAGGCGGAAAGAGCAAACGGUGUCCUCCAGCAAUACCUGAGGUGUUAUGUCAAUGACAGAGAGAAUGACUGGGUAGAAAAGUUGGCGCUGGCGGAAUUUGCCUACAACAAUGCCGAGAAUGUGUCCACAGGGAUGAGCCCCUUCUUGGCUAAUUAUGGGUGUCAUCCCAGGGCUUUCCCAGGGGAGAGGGGAGAGAUGGAGCGUCCCGGCAGCCGAGCAUUUUGUGGAAGAAAUGGAAGCAAUCCAUCGUCAGCUCCAACUCAACUUAGAAAGGGCGAAGGAAGAAUACAAGAGGCAGGCAGACAAGAACCGAAGGGAAGGUGAAACCAUAAGGGUGGGAGAUAGGGUGUGGCUGUCAACCCAAGGGUUGCCGUUCAAAGGAGGUUGUAAGAAAUUAAGACCCAGGAGGUUGGGUCCCUUUGAGGUCAUUCAACAGGUCAACCCAGUGGCUUUCAGGCUCCGGUUACCCAACCACAUGAAACUGCACCCAGUAUUUCACAGGUCGUUACUGUCACCGUACGAAGGGGGACGAGAAGGGCUGGCCCUCGGGGACCGGUCGUAGAAGAAAGAGAAUGCAGCAGCCAUGUGGCAGAAAUCCUCGACGCCAGGUGGAAGGGGGAUCAGGUGGAGUAUUUGGUAGCGUGGGAAGGAGAACCGGAGUCAGAAAACACUUGGGUAAUGGCUGAAGAUAUCAAUGACGAGGUAUUGAUAGAAACGUUCCAUCAAAGGUUCCCAAGGAAACCUCAGCCUGUGGAGAGGUUCCGGAGGGAAUACUUUGGGACCACUGAUGAAGGGGAGGAGUUGGAAGGAUUCCCGGACUCGGAAGGGGAAGGGGAAAUGGACUCUGAGGAGGAGGUGUACUUCGAGACCAGGAACCGCAACAGGUUGAGAGAAGUGUUCGAGACAUCGGAAGAUGAAGGAAGUUCAUUCCGGGGUUUUGCCUCCUCACCGCCCGUAGAGGAGGGGCGAGAGGGGGUGAAGGGGGCCCUGGAGGGGAGGUGGAUGUCAGGGAACUGCCAUCGGACGGAAGGGAGGUGAAAGGGCUCACACAGGUUGGGAGAGACGCAGCAGCUGAAGAGGGAACCAGCAGGGAGGUGAAAGGGCUCACACAGGUUGGGAGAGACGCAGCAGCUGAAGAGGGAACCAGCAGGGAGGUGAAAGGGCUCACACAGGUUGGGAGAGACGCAGCAGCUGAAGAGGGAACCAGCAGGGGAGAGGAGCUGAGCUGGAGGGAUGGCUCAGAGACACUUCCAGCGAAAACAGUGGGGAGGUUUCAGGACCUCCUGUAAGAACACCCACUCCUCGCCGGAAACUGUCACGCAGAGAUUCCAGAAGACGUGUUUCCGUUAAGGAGCUUUUAUGUUGGAAGCGAUUACGAAGCAACCACUGUCGGAAUCUGCUAGUGACUAGAGUAGCCAUGUCUGAGGGGCUCCGUCACAGACAGAGGUUUGUGGACUUGAACAAACUCUGAGGGGAUACGAUUUUACGCACAAGCAGCUCAUCAUCCCAUCACAUGAGUGUUCCAGUUUGCGAAUGUUUUUUGGAAGCUGAAUGUCCAACUCAGCUUCCGCAGCUUCCGAUUGAGUGCUGGAAGCUCCUGCAGCCAAUCAGAAGCCGUGCCUUGGUUUUCAAACCAUUUCGGGAGUCGAGCAGAUUAAGUUUGAGAACCAAGGCUACAUAUGUCCUGAUUAAAUUGCUAUGGCCGACUCAGGCAACAUUUCUGUGAAAUUAUGUAUUUCUUGCCUGGUGCUAUACUUUAUUAUACUUGAUAUUCUGAUUUACUAGGAGGGGGGCAAAGCAGAAUAUUUGAUCACACACUUUUGCCUUCAAAAUUGAAGUGCAGGAAAAUGAAAAUGCUAAUGAAGCAUAUAUGCUUGGAACGAAUCUUUGCAAGCUUCUUAUCUCUAAAACAAAGUAAUAAGAUCAUUUUUAUGGGGGGGGACGCCUUUCGCAUUGCAUAAUGCAAUCAAAUCUUCUAAAGCUGUACAGUGCAGAACGGAUUGAAGAUAUGACAUUUUAUUAUGGUGCUUUCUUACGUCUGACAGGGAGUGUCUGUAGCAGCAAGAACAGUCUGAUUUGGAGAAAAGCUGUUUCCUGGUGUGACAGUAUUUUUAAAGUAAUUAAAAUAAAGCUUCUAUGUUUUCCACAUUAUUUGCAACUGGUAGGCUGUGCAUGUGACUGCUGUGAUUUGCAAAAUAAUGUCAAUUAAAAAUACCAGCUGCCAUGGUGGGGGCUGGCUGCAGGCAGUGGAAAUGUUGGGCAUUUCCUGGGGAUGCACGACUAGCAGGUGGGGGCCCCUGAACCAAGAGCACCCACCUUUUCAAUAUGCACAGAAGGCACAAGAAGGUCAGAAACUGUGUGUCAGGGGCUGCACUGAGGAGGAAUGGCGGGGGCUGCCCCCUUCUCCUGAACCUUCCUGAGGACAGUGUAGAUUUAGAACAGUGGUUUGCAGAAGGACAUAGUUCAGAGACUGCAGAGUGGAAAAGCUGGGAAAUACUGGGAGAGGAACAGCAGGAAGAAGGAAUACCGGGGAAUUGACAGCUGACAGACUCAGUGUCUUUGGAAAGCAUUCCUGAGCCCCCUCUCCCAGGACCAGACAGGCAUUGAGGGUAGUGGAACAGAAAGCUCAGAGGCAGAAAGCCCAAGUCAGGGAUGAUGUUGGAUAAGAGAGACGGAGGGGGUUAGGCUUUACUUGGAGCAAUGCCAUUAUUUAAUAGGGACUACAUUCCUUUCUCUCUCUCUGUGACUACUGAAUAAAUUACGUGGUAAGGACUCUUCUUGUUUACCUGCUUUUUUGGCUGCCACCGGGGGAGGGAUAGGAUUCCCUGAACCUUGACACUGUGAGAAAAAUUUCUGUUUGCACCUUCCCAUCUUCUUCCAGGUCAAAGGGGCCCAAGGAGAGCCCUUUGACAUGAUGCUCAUAUUCCAUCUCCACUGUUGGGGGCAGUAUAACUAGGAACACCAGGUCCUGAGGAACAUAGUAGGAAGAGUGGUGUUGCCUUCAGGUGCAGCAUGUGGGCUUCCCAUAGCCAACUGGUUGGCCACUAUGAGAACAGGAUGCUGGACCAAAUGGGCAUCUGGCCUGAUCCAGCACAGCCUUUCCUAUGUUGUUGUUGCCCUUGAGUCCUGCUUGUGGGCUUCCUGGAGGAGGUGUUUAGUUAGUAAGCAAGAGAUGGGGCUAGAUGAACCUCAGCUAAAUUUUUCGAAGCAGAACAGCUAGGACCAGAGGUGGCAGCUUGUGAGGUGAUGGGUGUGUGUGUCAGUGUUGCGUGUGUGAGCGUUGUGCCUCCCUAAGUCAGGCAGAAACUUCCUAGGCUUUGGGAAAGGUGCUGGAGCCCUGGUGCCUCCUUGUCAAAGCUGAAAGGGCUUUGGGAAGGUGGCCGGAGGGCUCUUGGACCUUGUUGCAAGCAAAAAUCCACAUCUCUCCGCAAGGGGAGCAGUUGGCUACUCUAAAUCCUCCUCCUUCCAGCAACAUCCUGGGCUCAUUCUUUGUUCUCUAAUACGGACAGACCUCCUAGUUCUUGGGGAGGGAGUGUCCCCCACACUCUCUAAUGACAUUUCUGCUGACUGUUCCCUCCCUUCUGUUUCUCUUUCCAUUAUCUCGUAACUCGGUAACUCCUGCCUAAGCUGUUCAGUGUCUGUGUCUCUCUCUGUUCCUGAAACCGCUGGAAACAGGGAGGGCGGAUCUUUCCCCUCCUCUUUCUCCUCUUCAAAGAGGAGCUGAUCUGCCUGAGAAUGCAUUCCCCAAUCAUCUGAUUCAUACCGUUUCCUGGCAGGAUGCUAGAUCCCUGGUGCCUCCUUCCCAAAGCUGAAAGGGCUUUGGGAAGGUGGUGGAAAGGCUCUUGGGCCCUGUUGGAGCAUCAUGUCACCCUCGCUAAGCCAGGCAGAAGGCUCCCAGUCUUUGUGAAAGAGGCGCCAGACUUUAGUACUCUAUUGUUUACCAGGAACCUUUAGGGGGAAAGCCUAGACCCACCAGUCCUCUGAUGGCACACCACUGACGGACCUUUCUUCUGACCUAACAUGCCUCUUCCUGCAUUCUUAAGCUGUGGUUUCAUGUCAAGCAGUGUCAAAUGUGAAACUGCAGCACGACUCAUUCCGGAGAGAUGACUGUCGAAUUCUGGUAGAUUCUGGAAGUCUCUGUAGACCCCGCAGCAACAAAGUUGACCUUUUGGCUAACAACUUUUUUCGCCUUGCUAAGCAAAAGUGCGAAAUAUGCUCUGAAGUGGAAAGAACGGCCUGUCAAGCCACGCUCAAGCAAGCUAACUUUAGUAUAUUAUAGCCAGCAAGCAUAUUAAUAGAAAGCUGCAUAGAUUUUUUUUCUGCAUGGCUAGAUAGAUAGAUAUAUUUUUACAGUUCUUUGGUUGAAAGAAAUGUACUUUGGGCCAUGUAUGCAAUGAACUCUCACAUAAUUGGGAAUGGCUUUCAGAUCAGUAGGCACCAAUUCUAUUGAAGCAUCCGUAGAUUUAUAUUCACUAUACUCACUUGGUUAUUAAAAAAACAUUUCAUUAAACAGAAUUUAAAAAUAGCCCCCAGUAGAGUAUUUCCAAUAACAUUACAUCCAGGAAAUUAAAAAGUAGUAAUUUUCAUUUGGUGCAAGAGAUACAAAAUAAAUGCAUUAUCUCUAUCACCGCGCCCUUUCCGUAUUUCUGAGGCAGCUAGCAACAUGUGUCCUUGCAUGUCAUCACUAUAUGCAAAUAAAAUUAAGGGUUUUUGUGCCUUGCAGGGGUCUAACACAAUCUGUGAUUCCCCCCCUCGCAAGUGUGCAAUAGUCCAAACAUUUUUAUGCCAAGCUCUCAUUCUUCCAAGGAAUUUCAUCUCUGAAUUACUGGUUGUCAUGCUGCCACCAACAAACAAGAUCAAUAUAAUAGUAAUUUAUAAUAAUAAAAAUAAUAAUAAUAAUAAAUAAUAAUAAUAAUAAUAAAUUUAUAAUUCACCUUACUUUUCCAUCUAUAAGAUGCCCCCGUGUAUAAGACGCACCCUAUUUUGGGGGACUCAGAUUUAAGAAAAUGGGGGGAGAUGGCACAGAGUUGUCAGCUAUUGGGGGGAUUGCCGAAAAUUGCUCACCCGCAAGCGUCCAAAAAUCCACCUCUCAUCUGUCCCCAGAAGUUGCCAAUCACCCGCCCAAUUGCCACAGCGUCAGCCAAACAACACCAGCCAUUGACGCAGCAACCAAUAACACGCCCAAUAGUUGCUGACAUCCGCAGCAGCAACAAAUCAAAUGUCCACCCUAUGCACUAUCCAUGUAUAAGACGACCCCUCACUUUUUAGCAUAAUUUUUAAAGUAAAAAACCUAGUCUUAUACACGGAAAAGUACAGUAUAUCCCACCUAUCUGGGCGGCUUCCAACAAAAUAUUAAAAAUACAGUUCUUUACAUUCAAUAUUAUGGUUUGAUCUCUCAAAUAUUGAUAAGGAAAACAAUUCCAGAGUUAAGGCUUGGAUAGUGCCGAAUGCACUGCAAUGGCCACUUCCUGGCCCCUUCUUUUAAUGAGAGGGUUGCCCAUGAGUACUAUGAAGGUCAAAUGCCUAAGGUCCUGGAGAGGAGAGGUAUUGCUGGGUCUACAUAUGGAAGAUGCAAAUGUUAUUCUGUGCAUGAUUCCUUGGCAGUACUAUAAAUCAUCCAGUUUUGGUGAAUGUUCUAUUUAUGCUCUUCUUACGGUGACCGAUGCAUGCAAAUUGUUUCUUUUGUAGAUUUUCUAUGUUUUGGUGAAAGCGAUUUACACCCUUGGACACAGUGCGUCUCUCAUUGCUCUGACUACAGGAAGUAUAAUUCUUUGCCUUUUUAGGUAAGUAUACCUAAAAAUCGGGAUGGGGUAGUAAGCUGUUUAUUAAGCUACAAUCCCCUCUCCACUUACCUAGAGUAAGCCCCGCUGAAUAUAAUGAGACAUGGUUACGGUUGCAGGCCUAGUCCCACUGAAAUCUAUGCGACGAAAUUGUGACUAACAUAGUCUGAAUCCAACCCAUAGCAAUGCUUGAAUAGCUGUCAAAACAAAGCGGCCAAUUGUAGAUGCUAAUGAAAUACAGAACCAGCAUAAACAACUGCCAUUAAAAACAUUUUAAUUAAUAUAUUCUGCCAUUGGUUUGUUAAGAAAUGACAUUUGCAGGUUUUUCUUUAAGGCUGGGUAUUCGUUUUGCUAAGAGUAAGAAAAAUGAUAAUCACUUGCUCUUCCGUUUUUGUAUCCUUUCCCCAUGUGUAGGAAACUUCACUGCACUAGGAACUAUAUACAUUUGAAUUUGUUCCUGUCCUUCAUUCUAAAAGCAAUCUCUGUCUUGGUCAAAGAUGAGAUCCUCUAUUCUGGUAGUAACACAGUUCACUGCUCAGAGGAUCAACCAUCCUGGGUAAGAAAACAAAUUGCUAUAACUUGAAGCAUUUUUAUCUUUCCUGUGCUGUGUUUUUGGGUGCAUGAGAGAGCAUUAGGGACACGGGUGGCGCUGUGGGUUACACCACAGAGCCUAGGACUUGCCGAUCAGAAGGUCGGCGGUUCGAGUCCCGCAACAGGGUGAGCUCCCAUUGCUCGGUCCCUGCUCCUGCCAACCUAGCAGUUUGAAAGCACGUCAAAGUGCAAGUAGAUAAAUAUGUACCGCUCCAGCGGGAAGGUAAACGGCAUUUCUGUGCGCUGCACUGGUUCGCCAGAAGCGGCUUAGUCAUGCUGGCCACAUGACCCAGAAGCUGUUCACCUGCUCCCUCGGCCAAUAAAGCGAGAUGAGCGCCGCAACCCCAGAGUCGGUCACGACUGGACCUAAUGGUCAGGGGUCCCUUUACCUUUUUAAGAGAGCAUUAUAUUAGUAGCAGACAGGUUGCAUAAAUACUCGUGUGCAGUGGCACCAAUCUAUGGGGCCAAGAUGCCUUCGGCCCCCGCAAUAUUUGUUGGGAGGGAGCUGGGCCCCCUUCAUGUAGAGGGGGCAGAAGAAGCUGAAUGCGGAGCCAAGCACAGCACGGCUUCAGUAGUCAACUCCUCCUGAGAAACAGAGAGAGAGAGAGAGAGAGAGAGAGAGAGAGAGAGAGAGGAGGAACCGCCACACUCAGCCUCCUCCUGACAAUACAACGUUGCACAUGACGUCAUGGACAUAUGACGUCACACAUAUGCAACACGUGCAUGAUGUCACGUGUGUGUGACACACAAUGGGCCCCCUCAGUCUUGGGUGCAAGUCAACACCUCCGCUGAUGGGGCUUUGGGGUGUUUGUCAGGGUGGGGAAAGUGUGGCCUUACAGAUGUUGUUGGAUUUCAACUCCCAUCGGCCUCAGCCAGCAUGGCCAAUAGUCAGGAGGGUUGGAAGUUGUUGUCCAACAACAUCUGCAAAGCCAGAAGUUCCCUAUCUUCGUCCUAAGUGCAGAAAUGAACGGGCAAUAGUAGAUGAGUUGGUGAAGAGAACCAAUCAUAAUUCAAAACACAAACAUCUGGGUCAUAUAUCCACACCAUACAUGCAGUGAGGCUGACCAGUGAAGGAACAGGGCAGGAUUCCAGCAAACCCGUCAGAGGUAAUGUAAUGUGAGACCCAAAGGAAAGAGGCAUCGAUUGCUUUAAAAAGCAGCAUGAUUUGGAUCUAGGGCAGGAGGCCGGUCCACUGUCCUUCAGACCUUGUAGGGGGUCGGAUUUUUUUUUUUUGGGGGGGGGAAUGAAUUCCUAUGCCCCAGAAAUAACCCAGAGAUGCAUUUUAAAUAAAAGCACACAUUCUACUCAUGUAAAAACACCAGGCAGGCCCCACAAAUAACCCCAGAGAUGCAUUUUAAAUAAAAGCGCACAUUCUACUCAUGUAAAAACAUGCUGAUUCCCAGACCGUCGACGGGUCGGAUUGAGAAGGCAAUUGGGCCAGAUCUGGCCCCUGGGCCUUAGUUUGCCUACCCAUGAUCUAGGGGCACUUCCAAACUGUCAUUCUUUUUGGAUAGGGUUCAGUCACAAACAAGCAAAUUCAAGUUUGCAUAAUUAAAGUUGACCUGGUGUUCUUGUGCAACUAAACCAUUUCCAUCCCCUAAAACACCAUACUCAGGCUGUUGCCUUAGGGAAAUCAUUGCCUGAGCUCUCCAUCUGAAAAAAACCCUGAUAUAAUAAUGACCUAUCUCACAGGGUUUGGAAGGUCAAAUAAUUGCAAAGCACUUUCUGAAUUCAGCAUUUUUAAUAAAUACACAGUGACAAAUGGUGAAUUGGAAAGGGUAUUCAGUGGGUGGAAGAUGAACUGUGACAUUUGCUUCCGUGCUAUUCAUAAAAAAGUUAUUAAUAGGAUUCCAUGUUGAUGUAACAUAAUUAAGAGCUAAAUCCUAAAUACACUUACCUGGGUGUAAAUACAGAGGGACUUCUAUCCAUGCAUAGAAUUAGACUACAGAUAAAGAUAAGGGGCCACAAAUCAGUGAAAAGGGCACAUAUUAUGUACACUGAGAGCAUCAAGUCAGUUUGCAGCCCCGUCCUGCAAAAAAGGCCCCAUGUAACAUUACAGGAAAAGGUUGGUGGACAGCUGCUGCCAAUCAGUGUAGAAAAUUGUGAGUUAAACGGACUAACAAUCUGACAUCUACUGUGCAAAACCGCAAUCAAAGAUCUCCUUGCUUGGGGAAUUUCCCCUUUCCUUACGUUAAUAUCUCCACUCUGUUCAAUGUAGCCAUGAAAACCAGGAAAUCUGUAAUGGUGGGAAACAUGCACGAACCUUUGCAUGUCCCUUGAAUGAAUCUUCCUGAACCGUUUUCUUUUGCCUUAAUUAAAUGCGAUUGGCUGAUAAACCUUCCACAGAGCUCCCCAUAUCGCUGACUGAGAUGUCAACAUUACUUGUCACUUCAGAGGUUCAGGAUCAUGAAUUUAGCAGGGAGACACAGGUUAGGUUUUCAUUUCAUUUCUCCUCUCCUCCCCCCCCCAUUUUUUCUGGCUAAUUUAAGAAGGAAUUUCAAGACAGCAAGUUUUGUCGCUGUAGUUAAACUGGUAUAAAUCAAUAUGCUGCAGUGUUGUCCAGGUGAUGUAAUAUCUGCAGCAAAGAGUUGCUUCUGCUGACCCCAGUUUAGUUACAUAAGAGCUAGGAAGAGCUUUCAGUCGCUCGUUAUGCAUUCCACAGGGCUAUUUUUGCUUCUGGCACAGCUUCUAUAGAAUAAACUAGCUUUAAAAAGUGACAGGAGCCUCUUCCCUAAACCAAAUUACUUCUGGUUAACUGGUGGUCCUGAUUAUUACCUCCCUGCCCCAGAUUAACCUCGACAGUGGUGGCAUUUUUAUUCCUGGAAUAUUUUGCCCUGAAAUGAAAAGGAGAUAUUUAGGAGGAAGGAAUAACACAAGGUAUAAAGAGAGGGAGAGGGAGAGAGAGACAGGAUGGUUUUUAGGACACAAGACAAAUCCCAAAUUUUUCACUAGGGAAGCAAGCCUUGAAAAACACUUGGUGUUUGUUUCCGUUCACUUCUAAAAGUUAUAAUUUGACCAGAAUCCAAACAAUAGAAAGAGGCCCUUUCAGGCGACCAACAGGCAAGUUCAUGGAAGGGGAAGUCCCUCAUGUCAGAGCUUGUAUCUAUCAAAGAAAGAUUUUUAACAAAGGAAGCCAUUUACUGUGUUCAAGCAAUUUAUUUACCCAAACGUUUCAUCCUUGGUUUGUAACUUUCCAGGUCGGCUGCAAGGGUAGCUUGGUAAUUUUCCAGUACUGUGUAAUGGCCAACUUUUAUUGGCUCUUAGUUGAAGGACUUUAUCUCCACAUCCUCAUGGUCAUAUUCUCUCCUAACAGACACUUCGCCUUAUAUCUCCUUAUUGGAUGGGGUAAGAAGAUUGACACAACCUUCUUUUCUUCUCUCUUUGCCUCUGCUGUGUAAAAACGGGGUCUUUGUAUCUUAGCUCCUAGGUCUGGCCUCCAGAACUUGAGAUCCAGCAACAUGGACACGCACGGCAUACAUUGGGGCUGCUUGACUCCCUCACCCCCAUCUCUCUUUCUGAGCUUCCAAACAAGCAGCAAAAAUGGAGAUGCAACCAGCUCCUGCUGCUGGUUGAUGAGAUGUAUUUGGCUGGGUGGUGGGAGUCACAUGUUGUGCAGGCCUGACCUAAAUACCGUACCUUUCAGUGUAUAAGAUGCCCCCAUGUAUAAGACGCCCCUAUUUUGGGGGACUCGAAUUGAAGAAAAUGGGGGGAGAUGACACAGAGUUGUUGAGGUGUUUGUGUGUGUGAAGGAUUUCCCAGAGUUGUUGAGCUUUUUGGGAGGAGGGGAUUACCCAGGGUUGCUGAGCCUUUUUUAGGGGGGAUUGCCGAAAAUCGCUCACGGGCACGCCUAUGUCCCAUCGCCAGCAGAAGCUGCCAAUCGCCUGCCCAACUGCCGCAGCGUCAGCAAAUCAACACCACCCAUUGACACAGCAACCAACAACACGCACACAAUAGCCGCUGACAGCCAUGGCAGCAGCCAAUCAAACGUCCAACCUAUGCACUAUCCAUGUAUAAGACGUCCACCACUUUUUGGCGUGAUUUUUAAAGAAAAAAACAUAAGUCUUAUACACCGAAAAGUACGGUAUUCAGAUUGCUUGGUUGGUGGACCCAGAACUCUUGAAGAUGAUGUAUGUGUGUAUGUGUAAAGCCUAAAACCCCUGGAGGAGAGUUCCAGCAUUCCGGGGAAGAAGGGAAUCCUGAGACAAGCUUAUCCAUUCAUUCACUGAAUUUGUAUAGCCACCUUAUAACAUGAAUUCAAUCAGUACAACAACUGAAAUGCAAUAUAUAACAGGGCUUAUCCACACUUCCUCUCGUCCCGCUGCUUUGCCCCCCAGGGAAAUUGUUCUUUAGUGCGCAGUUGGAGCAAAUGGCAAUUCAGGUUUUCUCCGGGUUGACCUUUGCUCUGAUUUAGCAUGGAUUUAGGGUUCUCCCUGGGAAAGGAGCAGGGCAAGGGGGGAACUGCUUGGACUCGUGCCUAGACAGCACAGGUCAAGUGGGAAACUGCUCAGACCGAUGCGUUCUAGAAAUGGAUGGGAAAAGCAGAAGUGUGGACGAGCCCACAGUAAAGUGUAUAAACUAAAAGCACAAUUGCCAUAUUUUUCGCUCUAUAGGAUGUGCCCGACCAUAGGACACACCUUGUUUUAGAGGGGGAGAACAAGAAAAAAAAUUAUCCCCCUCUCUGUGCAGCGCCCCUUCAGCAAAGCGGCAGGAGAAACGGAGCCCCUUCCAUUUCUCCUCCUGCUUAGCUGAAGGGGCGCUGCGCCUUAGCUGAAGGGGGACCUACCCUUCAGCGAAAGGAACCCAAAGCCUCCGGAGCGCAGCGGGAACUCAGGCGGCUAUCUUUGAAGCCUGGAGAGUGAGAGGGGUCGGUGGGCUUCAGGCGGCAUUCGCUCCGUAAGACGUACACACAUUUCCCCUUAAUUUUUGGAGGGGAAAAUGUGCGUCUUAUAGAGCGAAAAAUACGGUAGACAGGUUGCAACACUAUGCACAGUGAAUUGCUAUUCUGGAGCCAGAUAGUAUGAGGGAUAGUAUGUUGGGCUUCCAGCAGACAAAACAUUUAUUCCAAGCUCGGUCUCUGGUAUCUCCAGUUAAAUGGGGUUUAGGUAGCAAGGCUGACAAGGGCCUCAGCCUAAGACCUUACUUUUGAUUGUUUCAGCACCACAAAUGUGGCAGUGUCAGCAGUCUCUCCCUCUCCUCUGCCACAUGUUUAGCUACUUUAAACGUUUAACUAAAUUUAAGAAAGGAUUUCUAACACUACCUAGCAAUUAGUUCUUGCACCAUGGGAUAUUUUUUGCAUGUAAUGCAUUCUAAUGUUGAUGCAUUGCGGAAGUGAUCUAUUUAACAAUUCUCCUUUCCCUCCACUUCGUAUUCCACUCUCAGGAAUCCCCACAGUGUUCAUCAUCGCAUGGAUUGUGUCUAGAGUCUAUUUGGAGGACACUGGGUAAGUUUAAAAAGGAAAGCAAACUUGAUGCUUCCACGUUUUGUCGCCACGCGUCCUUUGGCAAUUGUGCUAUGUCCAAUAUUACCAAUUCUUGGAAUGUCAGAAUUCUCUGAGGUGUCUAUGAAACAUUUCAUGAGGUUCAUUCACGGUCCAGGGACAACGGGGAGUGACAGGUGAUGAAUUCAUCAUUUUAAAAAUAUUUUAUAUUGGCUGCUCCCUGCUACUGUAUAGAGCAGACUUCCUCAACCAUCCUGGGCAUGGUCUGCUGGGAACUCUAGUUCAACAACAUCUAGAGGAGACCAGAUUGGACAGGGUGUAAGCGCUUGACAUAUGUAGUUCUGCGCUCAACAACAGAACGCAGGAUUUGCACGCAGGUUCAGUCCUGUGUGAUUCAGUCAAAUGCCUCUUCACAUAUUUGAUUUGGCUUAGAAGGCUUUAAAGGGGGAUUCAACAACUUCAGGGGAGGCCAGGUCUUUCAGUGGCCAAAAGUAACAGUGGCUGUGGGGAAUUUCUGCUUUGUUCUUGAGGAGCAACACCAAGAGAGGGGCUGUCACCUCCGUGCCCUGUUUGUUGGCUUCUCAGAAGCACACAGCUGGCCACUGUGUGAACUAACUCAUAACAACUUGGGCACCCAGAGUGGCGCACAUGCCGUGCACCCAGGGGGGAGCCACCUGGGGGCAGGGCGAGCUGCCCAGGGGGGCAUUUGGCAUGGCGAUUGGCGCCCAUUGGGAGCGAUCAGUGCAGUGAUCAGAAUGGCUAUCGGCACCCAUUGGGGGCAAUCAGCACCCGGGGGGUUGUGUGACAAUUGGCGCCCAGGAUUUUGUCACACUCCCCCAGGAUGACACCCAGGACAGACCGCCCCCACCGCCUCCCCUUCCUACGCCCCUGACUCAAAGCGCAUGGUAAAUUCAUCUUUUAAUAAAAGUUGCUUGCUUUGCUAAUACAGUGGAUCACAGGCAUCAGGUUGCUCCAAAAAGUGAAGGGGCCCGGUGUGCACAUGUGACAUCACACGUGAGCCAUGUGAUGUCACACAUGAGCCAUGUGAUGUCACAUGUGUCUCCCAACGCUGCACAAGCCAGUGCAUCCUUCCAUUAGAUCGUGCUAGAUGCUGCGCAGGCAGGUGCAACCUCACUACUCUUGCAGGAGCUAAAGGGACUCCUAAACUGCCAGCAAGGAAACCCCACCCCCAGGCCCUAUAAAAGGGGUGGACUUGUCUGGCUUUCUAUAGCUUCUCCUGUUAUUGAGGGUUCUACUACUGUUGCUGCCUCACUUCAGCCCACCUCUCCAUAAUUCCAGCACUGACUUUGCAAGAGAAAAUAGUGCCUGUUUUUGUUUUUUUAGGAGGUUUUGCCCUUUUCCAAUUUGCUUGGCAUUUUCAGUGCAGCUUCUCAAUUUAUUUACCGUAUAAAUGGGAUUAAUAAUUUUUAAAAAUUAUUUCCUCCCUUCUUCCCCAAUAGUUGCUGGGAUACGAACGAUCACAGCGUUCCUUGGUGGGUUAUAAGAUUACCCAUCCUAAUUUCAAUUUUAGUAAGUAAAUUCAAAUGGCAUGUUAACGCUUCGGUUUCACACUGUGAUUUUCAGCUCUGUAAUUCUGUACGCGUGUGUCGAUCUGAGCAAAGUGUGCUAUCAUAUUUUAACGUAUUGAUUUUAUUUAUAACCUACUUUUCAGCUCAAGGUUGAUAUGAUCCCUUAAAGCAGCUAAUAUAACAUGUCCGUCAGAAAGAACUCCUGCUAGCACAUUGAAAUAUGUUUUGGGUUUUUUUAAUUCCCACAAAGUCCUAAAAACAACAGUGAAAAAUGCAACGGCACACCCCCCCCCCCGGACACAGUCCUCGAAUACUUAGUGGACCAAAACAGCCCUGCCUGCUUUAUAAAAGUUAAAAUAGAUGUAGCUAAAUCAGCCUCCAUAUGCAAGAUCACUUUUCAUAGGGCUAACUAUCCAGAACCAAAGCAUUUUCUAUGCAAGCUGGUGAUGCUUGCAAUACUUACCCCAUUACAUCCUGCCAGAGCCAUACCUUUUCAAAUCCCCAUCAUGGAAUUUCAUGUUUCAAAGGAUUUUAUUUUUUAUUUGUAGGCCUCUUCAUACAUAGGGUGUGUGUGUGUGUGUUUGCACGAGUGUGCAUGCACAAUGCAUUGCAUUUUAAUAUAGAUGUGUAUAAAUUCCCUCUAAUGGUAUGCUAAGCAAUUUACAAAAAAUUGUAAAUAAUCCCCCCCCUCAAAAAUAUAUAUAUAUUAAAAAUAGAAGCACUGUAGCUCUAGGCUGUCCAGAAACCAUCUGUGCUGACCCUGAAAACCCUGAUGGGGUUUUUUUGUUUGUUUAUUUGCUAAUUAGGUCUUGGUGAACCCCAAGCUCUAAUUAGCCUUGUUUAUAAGUGACAGGCAAAAGGCACAUUAAUCGUGAAUUAAUUAUGGAUUCAUUAUACUCGAUGUCAAUUGUGGCAGCUCUCUUCUUGUCCCCAAAAGUAUAAUGAGAAGAUAGGUAGGUAUUAUUAUUAUUAUUUAUUGAAUGUAUAUACCGCCCUAUACUAGGAGGUCUCAGGGAUGGUUCACAGAGUAGCAAGGUAGAGUAAAAUUGCAGUAGGCAGGACAGGAGCGAACAGAAGUCAGGCUUGUCAGAUGUACUUUGUUUUUUACUGGAACUCCCAAGAUCUUUCAAGCCCUUGAAAUUGCCCACCUGCACUCCCAAAAUCUACGCAAAAGUGAGAGGACAGUUGUAGCCUCUCUCUCUCUCUCUCUCUCUCUCUCUCUCUCUCACACACACACACACACACACCUCUGCUUUCAGCUGAGGUUAUGCCUCCAUUUAUGAGACAAAAAUAUCUCACUUCUGGCUUAACGUCUAUAGGACACAAGUAAAUUAUAAUUCAGUCUCCCUGUUACUUUUCAUUGGGUGGUGGUCGACUUUGCCAGAAGUCAAAUGGCUGUACCUUGCCCUUUGGUAACACUGUCGAACCGAGCUGUUAGUUUCCAGUGCUGCUAACGGCUCUCGCCAUUGAUUCAGCAUGUUGGAAACAUCUCCCAAUAACAUUUUGGCCAUGGAAUAAUCCUUCUUGGCAAGCUUUGGGCAUUCCGUGUCGUGUUCCUCUCCUUGGUCUUUUAAAUUUGAGAUGUCCUGUACCUGCCACACUGUUCAGUACUUGGCACAGUGAAAUUCUAACAAGCCAAAGAAUUUGAGGCAAAGACUCAAACAGGUGAGAGACACAUGAUUAGGAUUCAAUAGAUGGGAUUCCUGCAUUGCAGGGGUUGGAGUACAUGAACCUCGGUGUACCUUCCAACUCUGCAAUUCUAUGAUUCUCCGAUUCUCUGUCCUUAUGCUGCUCUUCCCCCACCCUGGUGCUCUCCAGAAGUUUUUUACUACAGCUCCCAUCAGCCCCUGCUUGCAUAGCCAAUGGUCAGGUAUGAUGGAAGCUAGACAUCUGGCGGGCACCAAAUUGCAGAAGGCUGUCUUAUACUCUCCUUUGGUGAAGGUGUUGUUUUAGACUAGCGAAAAUCUGAACUGAGAACUACAUAGGACUUUUUGCAGUCCUGCAGUUACAAAUGACCUGCCUAGCAAAGUCCUAGAGACAUAGAAUCCUAGAUUUUUAUAGUUGAAAGGGACCCUGAUGGUCAUUUAGUCUAAAGCCCUGCAAUGCAGGGAUAUGCAGGUGGCCCGUAUAGGGAUGGAACUCACAACCUUGACAUUAUCAGCACUAUGCUCUAACCAACUAAGCUGUGUCCUAUCCUGCCUUUCAGCUACAGCCCCCUAAUGUGGUUUAUGCUAAGCUUGGUGUUGUGUAGGGCUCAGAGCAGGGGUCAGCAAACUUUUUCAGCAGGGGGCCGGUCCACUGUCCCUCAGACCUUGUGGGGGGGCGGACUAUAUGUUGAAUAAAAUAAAAAAAGAACGAAUUCCUAUGCCCCACAAAUAACCCAGAGAUGCAUUUUAAAUAAAAGGACACAUUCUACUCAUGUAAAAACAUGCUGAUUCCUGGACUGUCUGCGGGCCGGAUUUCAAAGGCGAUUGGGCCGGAUCCGGCCCCCGGGCCUUAGUUUGCCUACCCAUGGCUUAAAGCAGCCUUUCUCAACCUGUGGGUCCCCAGAUGUUGUUGAACUACAACUCCCAUCACCCCUAGCUAGCAAGGCCAGAGCUCAGAGAUGAUGGGAGUUGUAGUCCAAUAACAUCUGGGGACCCACAGGUUGAGAACCACUGGCUUAGAGUAUCAGACUGGGGAGGUCCAUAUUCAAAUCGUGGCUCAGCUACAAAGUUUACUAACUGACCAUGGGCCAGAAUUUUUAAUCAGGUCCAGCCCUGCUAUUAGAGUGAAGCAGCUUCCUCAUGUACCUUUUCAUGUAGGGUAUCAUGAAAGGACUAUAAAUUGUUAGUUUUUCAGUUUACUCUUAUUGAACUUUUACUGCCAGGGAGAGGUGUGUGGAUUUACUGGUGUGCAUGCAUGCUGUCUUCUAGGUGAAUUUUGUACUUUUCAUCAGCAUUAUAAGAAUUCUACUGCAAAAGCUGAGAUCGCCAGAUGUUGGAGGCAAUGACCAGUCCCAGUAUAAGUAAGUGAAACUCCCCAGAAGUCCCUGUUGGGAAAAUGGAAAUUUAGGGGAUCUCUGUUAAGCUCUGAUUCAUCCUUACUUUUUUGUGUGUUGGCGUGUUUUUUUAGGAGACUUGCAAAAUCGACAUUGCUGCUUAUACCACUGUUUGGAGUUCACUACAUGUUGUUCGCAGUCUUUCCGAUUCGCAUUUCAAAUAACUAUCAGAUCAUUUUUGAGUUAUGUCUGGGAUCUUUUCAGGUAAGAUAUAUCCCAGUGUUGUUGUUUUUUAAACUGACAUAGUUCGUUAUUUUUACUGAAAUAGUUUAUUGUUAAGUUUAACUUAAUAUUUCCCAUUUACAGGGCCUGGUUGUUGCAGUCCUAUACUGCUUUCUGAACAGCGAAGUAAGUUUUUAUUUAGUCUCUUGUGGUAAUAACUAAGGAAGGGCUAUAGCUUACAGGUGCAAGCCACAGCAUUCUAGUUCCUUGAGCUUUCGAGGCUUUGUGAGGGACCCAGGGCUGGUGUUAGUACCCAGCAUUACCAGAAAGUUCAUGGCACCCCAUCAGGACCCCACUUCUCUGCUAAUAAAGGUCCUCUACCCUCCUGCCCAGAUCAGGCAGCUGAACCCGCAAGGUAGUGUUUCCUGCAAUAGGGGAGGUGCCAUUUUAAGCCAUAGUCACACCACACAUACAAAACACUACGAUACCACUUUAAACAGCCAUGCCUUUCCCAAGGAAUCCUGGGAAGUGUAGUUUGUUAAGCUGCAGUUUGUUAAGUGUGCUGAGAGUUGUUAGGCUACAAUUACCAGCCCAUCUUUGUAGGAAACUCUGGGAAUUGUGAGGGGAAUAGGGGUCUCCUAACAACUCUCACCACCCUUAACAAACGGAAGCUCCCGUAAUUUUGGGGUGGGGUGGGGGGAGCCAUGAUUAUUUAAAAUGGUAUCAUAGUCCUUUUAAAAGAUGGUGUGGCAUUCAUUUCCCACAGUGCCCUGGAGCAAUGUUGCGUCAGGGGCAUUUGGGGUAAUUAAUAUGGCAACUCCGCUGCCACCCACCAUGACUAACAGGUAAGCUUGCCAGGUGUUGCCCAGAUAGAGGAGGGACCCUAGAGAACAUUUGGAUGGGUAUAAAAGGUAAAGGUAAAGGGAUCCCUGACCAUUAGGUCCAGUCGUGACCGACUCUGGGGUUGCAGUGCUCAUCUUGCUUUACUGGCCGAGGGAGCCGGCAUACAGCUUCCGGAUCAUGUGGCCAGCAUGACUAAGCCGCUUCUGGCGAACCAGAGCAGCGCACGGAAACGCCGUUUACCUUCCCGCCACAGCGUUACCUAUUUAUCUAUUUGCACUUUGACGUGCUUUCGAACUGCUAGGUGGGCAGGAGCAGGGACCGAGCAACGGGAGCUCACCCCGUCGCGGGGAUUCGAACCGCUGACCUUCUGAUCGGCAAGUCCUAGGCUCUGUGCUUUAACCCACAGCGCCACCCGUGUCCCUUGGAUGGGUGUGGGUGGGUGCAAAUUUGGAUUCAGCUCUGACCAGGGAUUCUUGGCAGCUCUGCUGUCUCUGGUUCAGAGGUAUCCACUCUCAGCGUUGUAUAUCUGAAAUAUCUUCCUGAAAAGGAAUUAUUAUACAACCUUGCUGCAUGUUAAAGCAUCGUGUGUGGGGGGGGGGAAGCAUUGCUGACCUUUCCGAGCCCCCACCCCGACCCCCAAAUUGAUGUAAGCUUCUUAUGAAUGUGCACACCUAAUACUCUGCGUGCUGGUGUGCUCUGUUUACAUUUAGGUACAAGGCGAACUGAAAAGAAAAUGGCGGAGUUGGUGUUUGAACCAAAGAAUGGGCCGAGAUUACAGACUUCACAGCUCUUCUAUUUCUCGGAAUGGCUCAGAAAGCAUCUCCCAGUUGCAUCGUAAUUCAGCGACUCAGUUUUCCCUCCAGACGGAAACCACAGUGAUAUAA